GGGGGCGGUGGGAGCGCGCCGUGCGGGUUGGUGGGUGGGGGAAGGAGAGGAAGAGGAGGGGGCGGCGGCGGCGGCGGCCGGAGGCUGGAGGGAUCCGCGCGGGGACGGCGCGCGAGCCGGGAGGAGGCGCGAAGAAGGAGGCAAGGCGAGAGCAGCGCGGCUCGGGAUGCAUUCGGACUGCCGGCUGCUGCGCCCGAGACGCGGGGUAUGGUGAGCAGCCCGGAGCGCCCGCUCCCCCGGGGGACCCGGCCGGCGCUGGCCUCCCUCCUCCUCCUCCUCCUGUUGCUGCUCAGGCGGGACGCGGCGGCGCAGAAAGGUGCGUGCGGGAGCCCCGUCGGGAGGGGAGGGACCAGAGGAGCAGCCUUCCCGCCUUUCUUGCUUGGCGCCCUCCCAGAAGCCCGCCGGGGGGGAGAGCGUCCCCCUUCCUGCCCCUCACUCUCUCAGGUGCCGUCGCGGGCAUUGGGGAGGGAGGGGGCGUCUAGGUGGCCACGGGGCACCUCGCUUUUCCACGUCAGCGGGCUUCCUUCGCCGCCUCCCUGCCCCGAGGGGGCUCUGCCCCCCGACAGCGCCUCCUCAGUUACCCACGAGCUCUUGGAAGCUCCCCUCCGAAGCCCGUCGAGGAGAAAAAAGCAGGGCUGCUGCUUGACCUUUUUAACAAGUGCUUCAAGGUGCAUGAGAGCGAAAGGUCCACGGGGCCCCGCAAAUGGGUCUUUCGUGUUCGUGCAGCUGCUUCUCAGCGGCCUGCACUCCUGGUUUCCAACUUCGCCAAAGGGGCAUGCCGCCCCACGCGUGUAACCCACGCCACGCACGACGGGUUGGGGGCAGCGAUGAUAAAAAAAGCUUCCCACCGACGCCACAUGUGUGCGUGCAAAGUGCUUUGCAUCCAUAUGUUGCAUGGUGCUGAUAUCUUCGUGCUGAUAUCUUCACCGAAAUGAAGGAGUGAUGUUUGAAAUGUGAUGGUAUCUGAAGUCUUUCCCUCGCGCUGGAACCAGCUUUCAGUUGUGUUGACUUGAGUGCUUCUCAGAGUAUCCAGAUAGCAUUUCCAUUGCUAAUCUCCGUAGGCCCCAUUGGGUAGGGGGCAAGCCAAAUAAUAUAUAAAUUCCAAGAAGGCUCAAGACCCAGCCCUUCUCUUUUCAGAAAGUAAAAGGGGAAUAGCCUGAGGAAUUUUAAGGAGUGAUACUUGAAAUAACUCCCGUUUUCUCCAGCUUGACAUUUUGAGAUUAUUAAGUAACAUAAUGAAGAAUAGGCAGUGUCUAAGAAUGAUUUAAAGCUGGUUUUUAAUGUGUAGUGUCACUUUUGUAAAGCUUUCAGUAAGAAAGGAGAGUGUAGGCAUAGAUUAACUAAAGAUGAUGAGUUUGGGAUAGGAAAUCCCUGAAACUUGCUCUUUAGUGAUCUCUUUCAGUUGCAUCUGACUGCAUUUCUUGUUAUUUACAGGAAACAAAUGAGAAAAUAGAGAAUGAAAGCUGAAACCUUGUUUCAAAACUGCCAUAUAAUGUGCUAGAUGAGGCAUUACAUUAUAUGGAUAUUGUAGGAUUGUCGUUUGAAUGAGUUCUUAUUUUAGAAUAAAAGGAUGAAAGUUGGUCAGUUCAUGAAGCUUCAAGCAUUGUAGACUUCAAAACUAGUUAACAGAAUUGAUGUUAAUUCAUCUCCCCAGUAGAGCUUGUGGGUUGUGGUGGUGGGAGUUCCUAUUACUGUACUAUUCUCCCUGAGAGAAUACAUUUGGAGAAAAGUACUCUACACCUUUCCCUUUCCAUUCAAGUCAAAAAACUCCACAAAAUGAUCAUGAAUUCUGUUGUGGUAAACAUUGGCUCUGGUGUAGCAUAUGACACCCAAGGACAACUCCUAGGGUAGUUCUUCCCGUAAACAAAUACAUACUGUCCUGUUGUGCGAUUUGCACAAUUUGCUUAUGUGCAACGAAUUAAAUGUGCAUACGGGUACUUACUUAUUUAUUUAAGGGUUUUUCCCCCUGAAAUAAUUUCUGAUCACUUACUUUUCCAACUCCCUGAAAAAGGUAGCCAUUUUGUAGAAUGUUCUUGGAAUAUUCUCAGCCAUUUUUUGUGGUUGCCACCAUUCUUCUUUCUGCCUACCAGUGUCCUGGAAUGAUGCUAGCUUGGGGGCAUUAUGGGAGCUGCAAAAUGGUAGUCAGGCAUUUGAUACAGUUGUUGAUAGUGGGAGGCCCCACCUCCAAGAAACAGAAAAAUAUCUCUUGGGAAUAUUCAGAGAAAGGUAAUCUUAAUUUCUCCACCUCCAAUUAGGAUGGAGAAUUUUGAGAGGCCAUUUUUGCCCAGCUCUGCUUUUCAGCCAGUAUUGUUUACAAUGGAACUCUACAAAAGAAUGCAACAUAUUAGGGAAAUGUUCAUGGCACUGUUGUGGGUCCCUGGAAUAGUUCAGGUUUUUCAGGCUCUUUGUUCCAGAGGAAGUGGGAAGAAGGAGCUGCAACUGGAAUCAGGGCCUGGCUGGUGGUAAGAUGCCAACCUACAGAAGCAGCUUUUUCAUUCACCUGUAGUGCCUUCUCAUUUGUGGCAGCUGGUGACUUAGGCAGCAGUCUACCUCUACCCUACCUGGGAGUAAGCCCCAUUAAAUAAGACUUGCUUCUGUAAAGGCGUGAUUAGGAUUGUGCUCUUAAUUUUGGUUCCAAUCUCUUCCCCACAAUCUUAAACCCAAAUUGAUGAAAAACUUGUCUAGUUUUCCUGAAAAGGAGUUUUUGCAGGCUGACCCUAAGCUCAUUGCUUGCAAGUAGAUCCCACAUUUUACUAAUUCCCGAGAGAAAGUGCUAGAGGAAGAGGAGAUAAUGGUUGUGAUUUGACAAACCUAGUGUGUGUUAUGCAGUAUAAAUCUACAAAAAGGAAAAUCUACCUUCUUUCUAUUCAGUGUAAGAAAAUAGGCAAAGCUAUCAGUCUUUCAUCAGUUUGAAAGCAUUCAUGAACCUUCUGUGAAUCUUAACUCUGUAAGGGCUUGCUGCAGAUUGCCUGACAGAUUUUGUGUAUUCAUAUCCAUAUCUGUACUCAGCUGUCAUGUGCAUUCACAUUUCUCAUUAACAGACACUUCUAGAAAAGCUGUCUGUUAAAAGCUGGAAGCCAAACUGUUUCCUAAACUGUUAUAAACAAACAUUUAAAGAAAAAUAAUCACAUUUGACAAUGUGUGGCAGCUGAAAAUCAGAAUGUGAAUGUGGAUCACAAUACAAUUUUUAUUAUUAUUAUGAGGCAUCCUUUUGGGGAGGAAGGAAAGGUUGUAAAUUUGAUGUAAUAAAUACAUAAAUAAAAUUUCAAAGACCCGUCUUGCUUAUAAUUAUGCAGGUUUGGGGUUGUUGUUUUACUAAUGGCCUUGUGGAGUUGGACUGAAAUCCACAUUUGAGAUGCCAUUUAAUAUACUUACAGCUAUUUCUCAGUGUACUUCAUGACUUGGAAAAAGCUGGUAUAAUUGCAGUCAAAUUCCUCUAUGGAUCAUAGUUGGAAUGUCUUCUUUUGAAUAGGCAUUUAGCUAUUGUGAGGAUCUGAGGAGUACCUAGUUGUUAAAUCUAAUACUGACUUGCAAGAACAAAGCAGAUACAAAACACGUGGCUUUAAAAAUACUUGUGACAGAUACACUGUGCAAAACUAUGACAAUGUGUAUUAUAGCUUUGCAUUGACAGUGUUGGUGUAUGCUUUGUAUGUAGCCCAUAAUCCAGAGAACACUCAAUGAGUCUUCUUAAACUUUAUUUUAGUUUUUAUUUUGUAAUGCAACAUUUCUAUCCAACAACAUCAUUUGGGACUUUUUUGUUUUGCUUUUAAUAUGCAAUAUGUAAUGGGCUUCAUACUUUAAAAAAAAAUUUCAAUGACUUGGUCUUGCUGCAUUACACAAUGACAUAUAUUUGAAUUUUGCCAUGGAAGUGGAUUGUGAUUGGGACAUAUGUUCUCUUUCCCCCACUAUAUCCAAUUAAGUUUCCGAACUAUUUUAUGCUUAAAACAAAAAGGAGCCCAAAAAGGAUCUGUCCAAGUUGGGAGAACUGGUAAUAAAAUGGCAAAUUACUUAAGAAGUGUAAGGAGAAGUACACUGGAACAAUUUUCUUCCUAAUUUCACAUAUAAGUGAAUGGGUUGUGAAAUGGUGAUGACGGAUUAGGAGUGAGACCUUGGGUUAGUAGUGGAUAGCUCAAGUGAUGAUGUCUAGUCAGUGUGUGGCAGCUGUGAAAAAGGCAAAUUCCAGGGAAUAUUAGGAUGGGUUGGAAACAAAAUUGCCAGUACAGUGGUACCUUGGUUCUCAAACGCCUUGGAACCUUGAUUGAUUGUGUGACUGCAGUACAUUGUUUACUGCUUUCAUUUUAUGGAUCAAUGGUCUCGUUAGAUAGUAAAAUUCAUGUUAAAUUGCUGUUUUAGGGGUUGUUUUUAAAAGUCUGGAGCGGAUUAAUCCAUUUUGCAUUACUUUCUAUGGGAAAGCGUGCCUUGGUUUUGGAACGCUUUGGUUUUGGAAAGGACUUCCAGAACGGAUUAAGUUUGAGAACCAAGGUAUCACUGUAUCAUAGUGCCAUGAUACGGUGUGACAGCACUUCAAAUACUGUGUAUGGUUUUGGUCACCUCAAAAAGGAUAAAAUCCAUGAUGGCUAUGCUCUACCUCCAAUAAGAUGGCAUGCAUCGUGUUUUACCAGUUACUUGGAACUGCAAGUGGGAAGAAUGCUGUUGCGUUUGGGUCCUGCUUGCAGAUUUUCUAUGGGCACCUGGAUGCUGGACUUAGAUCACCUUUUGGGCUUUUCUUAUGUUCUUCUGAAUGCACUCAGGUCUGCCACCUUUCCCCAAUAUUUCACUACAAGAGCACAGCUUUACUUGACAUUUUUGGUAGGUAUAAGAUUUAUUUUUUUAACUCCCAUAAAGUUUUAAUAGAGCAUUUCCAGAUCUAGUCUGAUUCCAUUUUUCAAAAACAUGCUUUUUUAAAAAAUGGUAAUACAGGUUCAGAUUUGUUUCUGUUUAUAAUCACUUAUUUAAAUAUGCUGGAAGCUUCCCUGAAGCGCAUUCACAGACCAUCAUUGGUUCAACUCUAUAUUAACUCCAGGAACGUUCCAGUUUUUGUUGAUGCAGAAGCUUUAUGGGAAACUGCAAAAUCUGUGCUCCAUCCUUAGAUAUUGGUUAGAAGAUCAUCUGAAAAAAAAUAAUAAUCCACUUCGUGCAUUUUUCUUCAGUCAAUAGUAGUCUGGUUUGAACCCUUAUGUAAGUUUGGUGAGCAGAGGAUGCAAGCGUUCCACGGAUCUCAAGCCAAGAUCAGCCAUCGUAAAACCAGAUGGGUCUUGGCCAUCUGUAUUGCUCUUCAAAAUAUCCAGCAGCUAUUGCUGCACUUGCAUAUCUUGGGGCGCCUCUUAAUUCAUGCCAGCUGAUAUGACAGAUGGAUACCAGAUAUUGUUUUAAACUUCAAACUGAACUUCUGAACUAUCACCAGGGACAGGCCAAAAUGCCUUUGCCAGGAAGGUGAAGCAGCUCUACAUUGUGGGUUCAUUCACUGGGGUGGUUUUCACCAUAGUUUGCUAUGUAGAUCUGCCUCAGUGAACUUGAGGAAUACACCAGGCUGCACUUCCCCCUUUCCCUCACCUGCCCAGUUGGGCUAUGGGUUUUUGCAGUGCUUCCAUUGGUGCUCAGUGGAAGAGUUUCAAAGCACUUUGCCUUAGUGUUACAUGCAGGCAAAGAAUCCUGGUUGAAAUAAAAGGCAAAUGGUUAAUUGCUAAGCAAGUCAACUUCAAACCAUGGAUUUUACAAAGCUAGCUUGUUGAACCGUUGUCCGCACCCUACACUGGGCAGUAUACCUCUGCCAGCUUGUCCCCUCCUAAAUUGAAAAUUUUAUAGAGUAUCUGUCAAGUGUCAACAAUGAGAUUUAAAUCUUAUUUUACUAAAUCUUUGAUGUGUCUGGUUCAAUAUUUAAAGGAGUACGCAAGUAAUGAAUGACAAGAAAAAUGAUUCUGGUGACUAGCUGGGAAAGCCUCUAGCUUACCCUGCCACAGAAGUAGCACAUUUUUAAAAACCAGCCAGCAAUAAAGCAAUGAAUUAUUCGUGUUAUUAUUACCCACCUUGCACUAGCAGAUCGCCAGGGGCAUUAUAACAAUUUAAAAUUGAGAAAUUUAAAAUAGUUAAAACAAAUUGCAAUCACAGGAAUAUGCAUUUUUCAAAAGGCUGCCAGGGAGACCUAAUAUGGCACCAAAGCUAAUAUGGUGCCAAUCCAGUAUGGUUUUAAUAAAUGGUUGAAAGCAGAGUGUGUCCUAAGUUAUGAGAAAAGCCUUCUGCUCCUUAGAAAUUGAUGGUCCUCAAGGAGGUUCAGAAACAGGAACUGAUAACCUAAUGUGUCGUGAACCAUAGGCUAAAACACACACGCUGCAUAGUAAAUCUACAGCACUGUACACAGUAAAUAAGCAAAACUAUUCAAAAUAUGGCCACGUGUAUUACCCUAGCAACAAAAAAUAUUUUGUGAAAGGGUUUCUAAUGCUUUGCCACCAUUGCCAUGCAGCAAAUAACUUUAGCCUUACAAUCUUCUGGUCUGUUGUCUUCAUUGGUUACAGUAAGGUAGAGAGGAAGCUUUUUCUCCCACCUGUAUGUGGGAAUAUUGGGAAGAAAUACCGUCUGCAUGCUUGCUCAUGGUGUGUUUCUGGUUGUUAGGAUCCAUAUAACAGGCGCCUUGUUUUCAGGGAUUGCAUUGAGAGCACCUUUUCCUUAUUUGGUAAUGAGCACAAAGGGGAUUUCAACUUUGAGUCACAGUGCAACUCAGUUCACUCUCAGUCAGCAAGGUAUCCUCAAUGGGAACUUAAAAGAAUUUGUGUUUGCAUUGCUAUGUGGAAAAAACCACAAGUGAGUGUGCAUGAGAACUGUGGUACUCUGCAGUUUAAAACCGGCCAAUAAAUAACAGAAAAAAUUCAUGAUAUUAGCAAAUCUUGAAUAAUUUGUGGGAGAGUAUUUUGCUUCUUGUUGGAGGCUUUCUAGUUAAGAGCUCGCCAUCUCUAUGGCUGAAUGUAUCUCCUAAAGACAGUGAGGUUUCUUUUCUGUAACUAUGAAUCAAGAGUGCAACUCACCUGGUCCAGCGUUCUGUUCUCAUAGGGGCCAAUCAGAUGGCUGUGGAAAGCCUGCAGACAGGGCUUGAUUGGAACAGGCUUGUGAGUUGCAGCUUCUGGAAUACACAGACAUACUGACUCUGUCAGUGGAGGUAAAACACGCCAUCACAACUAGAAGGCACUAUUAAUCUCAUCCUCUGUGAAUUUGUCCGAUCCUCUUAUAAAGCCAGCCAAAUUGGUUUUUACUACAAUAGGCUGGUUGGCAUUUAGAGAUUUAGGAUUGAUGUGGAAGCAUAUGUCUAGCACUGCCUUAUAGGGUCAUAUGUGAAACUUGUUCCUUAGUCUUUGCUAGCAUCACGUUAAGGUUAUGUUGUGUGAUUAAGUGAGCAGUCAUAUUCACAACGGCUAAUUACAGACAAGUAAUCUUUUUCUAUCUAGUGAGCUCUCUGGCAUCAAAUAAAACGUUAACUUCUCAGAUCAAACUAUAUUGGCAUGAAAUGCAUAAGUUACUAGGAAUGCAGACCCUUUUAAUGAAAUAAUUUGUAACAAAUCAUGUUUCUUUUCUUCUGCCUGUGCUGCUCCCUGCCAGCAUGAACAACAAAACUAUGCAGUGAAGCCAUCUCAGAAUAAAUCAAUCAAUACAAGCGUUUGGUUUUUCCCAAGAACAUUAAAGGGAGCCUUUUAAAGCACUGGCUAGCUUUCUUGUGAGAAUACUAUCAAUGGUAUAUUAUGCUCUGAUACUUUAUAGAUUAUUUAGUCAUGAGAGUUUAACAUUUCCAUUGCCACGAAAUUGACACAGGGUUUUUUAAGGGUGGCAGAUUCAACACUUGCUGAUUCAUGACAUAAACAUCUUCUCAGCAAGCAGUUUAAACUGCAGAGAACUUCCUUUUGACAAUUACAGUGUAUGCCGUAUCUUCUACUAUGUGAAGUGAAUAGUAUUUGGGAAUGGGAGGAAUAGAGUAUAGAUACUAAUUGAAUAUGGAACUGUAAGUUUUCCAAUGCGUUUCUUCAGCCUCACAUUUGAUAGCACAUGCAGAAGCCCAAAUGUAUGGAGGUUAAAACCAAAGGAACCCCAUCUUUUUGGCAGGCAGUGUUCCUGAGCAUGUCCCACAGGGUAAUGUAAGCACUUUUCCAUCCAGUCUUUCCAACUCAUAACAGAGGUGUUUGGUAGCCAUUCUGAAGCAUUCCCCUUGCCAGGUCCUGCUUGAAACAGGUUGGUUUCAGGGGAAAUGGUAUAGCACUAUGUGCUGGUUAAAGAAAUAAAGUCAGCUGCAAAAUAUGCUCAGAUAGCAACAAAAUCCCACAAAAUAGACUAGCACCUGCCCCCACCCCGCCUCCCAAAAAGAAUCUGGAUGCAGAAAAUAAAAUCCAAGGGUCAUGGCUACAAAAUCCUGCCUGGGUCUCUGCCAAUCUAAACUCUAAAGAAGAGGAACCCCAAGCAGUACUCCAUAUAAAAAAUCUUGUAUGUGGAAAGACAUUCCCUCAGCUUUGCUGAGUCCAGGCAAUAUAAAAGGGUCACCAACAUUCAUUGCGUUUUUUUAGUGGAGGACUAAAAGGAACGUGACAACCUCUUGUUUCAUAAGGAUGCCUUUUAUAAUCUCUUCCACAACCCCCCCUGCCUCCCUCUGCAGGCCCCAACCAGUCAGUUGUCUGAUAUGUGGUUGUUUAAAUUUCCACAUUAAUUUUGUUGACAUUCAAGAGUAAAAGAGUCUGAAAGCGACUCAGGGAAACACAGCAACUAGAUUGCCUCUUAUUCCCCUGGUGUGGUUACUGUCUCAACUUAAACACUAAGCAGUUUAUGAAACAUUUAAACAAACAAAUAAAGGCAGGCUGGACCUAUUUAAAACAAGCUCAUCCAUGAUAUGUCUAGCCAACUGAUUACUGCUAGUUGAUCUUCUUGAGUGACCAUUAUUAAGCCAACUCAGAAAGGUUUCACUGGGUGUUGCCGCCAUCUCUGCUAUAGGGAUAGGCCUUCAAAUGGAUUCUUUGUCCUGUUCAAUGGGAUUCAGCAUGGUUUCUCACCCACUUGUGGUUUAACUGACUUACCAACCACUUCAUGGACUAGAAAUCCCACCAGACAGCUGGCAGAGGGCAUUUUUGCAGACCCACAUAUGCAGCACCAGAUUCAUUGUGGUGAGUCUUAGAGCCCUUAAGAUACUGACAGAGCCCCCUCAUUGCCACAGCAGCUGUGAAGUUACCUGAGUAUUUAUUAAUUGCAUGAGGAAGUUUAUAUUAAAGGGGGAGAAGGAAUAUUUAUAUUAUUUAAACUUGGACUUCUGAAUUGCCUUUUUUAAAAGAAGAAGAAUACUUGUCCUCCUCAGGGUGCUUUUAUACCCUGAGGCUAACACUAGAAUACUUGCAUGUGUUUACUAAUUUAUAUUCCCUUGUGUAGAAUUUACACAUGAAAAAUAAGAAGCCUAGAGCCAGUGCAGAAAUAAGGCACUGAACUCUGAAAUGCUACUGUGCAGCACAAUUCUAUGUAUGUUUGCUCAUGCAUGGCAAGCUACUGUGUUCAGUGGGGCUUACUCCUGGGUGAGUUUGCACAGAGUUGCAGCUUUAACACCGGUACUGAGAUGUGGGUUCGAAUCCCAUUCUUUAUUUAAAAGUAGCAUAUGCAUGAGAAAGCCACACUACAGGUCAAUCUUUGUUUUUGUAGGUGAUGGAUGUGGACAUACCGUUUUAGGUCCUGAAAGUGGGACCUUUACAUCUAUUAACUACCCGCACGCCUAUCCCAACAGCACUGUGUGUGAAUGGGAGAUUCGAGUAAAGCCUGAGCAGAGAGUGCAGCUCAAAUUUGGGGAUUUCGAUAUUGACGAUUCAGAUUCUUGCCAUUUUAAUUACGUGAGAGUUUAUAAUGGAAUUGGACCCACAAGGACAGAAAUAGGUAAGAACUUCUUCUUGUUAUGCUGUUCGAAACAGGGGGGAAAUACUCCUUUAUGGUUUGUUUGUUAUUUAGUAAAAACAUGUCUGAAUUAUUUGCACGAUCCAUUCUUCCCAAAACUCAGUGGCGUAGCAUGGGUUGUCAGCACCCGGGGCAAGGCAAGUAAUUUGCGCCCCCUAACCCGUGGAGAGUGAGUGAGCCAGGUAGGGGCAGAGAACUGCGAGUGCGAGCACGCCCCCCCCGAUGUUGCGCCCGGUGCGGCCGGCCCCCCCUGCACCCCCCACACUACGCCACUGCCAAAACUUGAGGAGAGAAGAAAUUUAAUUUGAUUCUAAUGCUUUUUUUAUGAGUCAUAAUCAGUAUUGGACAUUUUCUUACUCUGGGUUUGUUUAAAUCAGAGCCAUUUUACACAUUAUGGAGGGAAACCUGCAGAGGUGCGCUCUCAAGAGGGAGCUGCGGCCAGUCAUAGGUGUACCUGGAUAGUUGGGCCCUCCAGAUGUUGCUGGAGUACAAUUCAUAUCUUGCUUGGUGGGGCUGAUCGAGUCCAAUAAUAUUUGGACAACACCAGGUUUGCCAGCCCUUCUGCAAAGCAUGAACGUGGCAGACUUGAGCUUGCAAACACAAGCAUUAUGACAGCGUGUCUCCAAACAUACGUUUUACACCUACACUUUACAUUUUUAGAUGUAUGUGUAAGAUGUUUUUUGUACAACUAAAAGAGAAGUGUGUGGAGUGGCCUUUCAGGGGAGAUAUGCUCAUCAUUAAUUUCUCAGGGUUAAGGUGUUCAAAUGACCAGGAAAGAGGAUAAAGGAACAUAGGAAACAGGAAGUUGCCUUAUACUGAGUCAGCUCAUUGUUCCAUCAAGUUCUAAAUUAUCACUGAUUGGCAGCAGCUCUCCACAGUUUCAGAUGGGAAUCUUUCCAAUCCCUAUCUAAAAAUACCAGGGAUUGAACCACAUACUCUACAAAUGAGCUAUGGUGCCCUCACGGUUAUAGCUAGAACUUUCAAAUAGGAGCUUGAAGGAAUCUUACAAGGGCAAACAUUUGUUUUCCAACUUCUUUUUUGGUCGAAAGAUCCUGGUCUUCUAAAUUUAAAUGUGCACUGAAUAGAGAAAUGUCUCCUUUUUAAUCGUAUCUGGCAUUAUUUUGUUCUGCACCAAAACGCAGCUGUGUCUAAGUGGUGAUAAAGUUACCUGGCUUUGGGAGAGAAAGAUGGUGAUGGGGAUUGAGAAGCGCAGACAUUAUAUGCAGGGCAAAGGAAGUCACUCCCAGAGCUGAAUUUUUCUAAGAUUUUAAAACGUAUUCUUUCUCUUGUAAAUUUGUCAAUAUGAUGGUAAAUCUGAUAUAUAUGAAGUGGCAGUAAUAUCCUGUGGUUUUUAUUACUUUUGUAUCUCUGACUGUGAAACGUUUAAUAAACCUUUAGUCUGUGCUGGGAACGUCUUUGUAUGCUGCCAAAAAAAGGGAGGGGAGAGUGGAAUAAAGACUUAAAAUGUCAUUGAUACCAACAGAGCUGACAUUUUCUGGGUUGAUUUUUUUAUAUAUAUAUAAAAAAUCAGUUGCACUGUUUUUCUUCCUUCUAAACCCAUGACCUAGAUACUUCUUCUGAUGGUGUAUUUUUAGACAGAAGAUUGAAUGUGGUUGCACGACAUCUGUAACGUGAAGGCUUUUAUCAAGCUUGGUGACUCUUCUACUUAGAUAUUGCAUGAAAACUUAGACUUGCUGUAAGCCAAGCUCACUCGUAAAAAAGAAAAGAAAACAUGAGGUCCUUAAAUGGCAAGGAACGUCCAGUCCUGAUUAGGGCUUAAACACUUUUACAAGUUGAGUUCACUGGCCCAAAUAAAUUAUCUACUUUUGUUCCCUUUACCUCUCAGCUGUUCCCAGCUAGUGUGGCUGCAUAAGAGAUUGAGCAGUGUGUGUGUGUGUUGCUCUGCUGAGAGAGAGCUUUUUGGGAAAAAAUAAUGGUAAGGUUAAAACGGGCAGCCAUUCCCCCCCUUGAACUUCCAGUGUAAGUUUUGCGUAUUAGAAAUAAGAGUCAGCGGAAGUAAGUUGACUGCAGAUAAUGGGCUGGCGGAGGAUUAAAAUAUUUAAGCAAAGGUAGAUGUAGCAUAUGUUGUGGUGUAAGAGCGUCAGCAUUUGAAUGAAGUAUUGAAGCCAACUCUGUUGAUGCUGGGAACUUUAAAAAAAAAGGAAACUCCAGAGUGGCUGGUUCUUCAGAACAGCUCCACAAUCCAUGCCAACCCCUUUCUCUUUCACAGAUAGUUUUAACACUACAGUCCUAUUAAUGCUUAACAGGGAAUAAGUCCCACUGAACUCAGUGGGUAUUCCUUCUGAGUAACAGUGCAUAGGAAAAAAUGUAAAACUAUUGGUGUACAUGUAUUUGACAAAGAAACUGGAUAGUAAUUAUUUGGAUACUUGGUAGCAUUUGUAGAGAUGGUGAAGUGUACUAAAAUUGCUCUGCACCAUUCCUUCAGUAUUCCUUAAUAAUUGUGUCCUGGUUUCCUCUCAGAAUUGGAGGUUGUAGCCAGUGCUGUGUGUGCACAAGCAGAACAGACUUGCUUGUGAAGCAGGAUUUCACCUUCCUCCCCUUUGCAAGAUGAUAAGAAAAUCUGCUCUAAAGGGCCAGGGAACCUCUUGAGAAAGGCACAUAGAAGGUGGAAAGGAAGAAGUCCUACUGUACAAGUAGAAUUCAUUUCCUUCAGCAUCAGAUUCCACCCUGAUAAUUUGUGGUUUUGGAGAUUUAGGAGAUGGGUUUAGUCUCAAACAAACCCUAGCUUUGGGAUUUCUUAAUGCCUUGAAACUGUGGGGAUGGUAAGAAAUAGAUUCACAAAUUUGUUGAGCUGUCAAAGACGUUCUGAAUGUGCAAAUCCAUACUAAAUCGAUAAAUGCUUAUUAACUGUCUUCCUCCCGCCCCUUGCAGGAAAAUACUGUGGUUUAGGCUUACAGAUGGAGAAUUUAAAUGAAUCAAAGGGUAAUGAAGUUACAGUACAAUUCAUGAGUGGCAUACACUUCUAUGGACAUGGGUUUCUUGCAUCCUAUUCAACCACUGACAAAACAGGUAUUUAUAUGUUUCUUACCUAGCGCUGUGUAAGCACUCCACACAACUAAGUGUGCUUUCUUACCGCAUGUAAUUCAUUCUUACUUUUCUGUUACCCAAUUACUGAUAAAUUAUUCAAAGUGAAUUAAGCAUGGAUGGUUACAAAACCACAUCUAGACAGAGUAAGAUGCAUAAUAACUUGGUUUAUAUGGUGCAGAACAAUAUGGGAUUCGAAUAAAGUUUAUAAAUGGCCCACUCAUAAAACAUCAAGGCAGUAUACUGUAAUGCAUACAGACACAAUUGAAUAUAAAAAACCUUAAAACAAUGCAAAAUACGAAAGAGCUGGGUUUUUUUGAAAGUGGACAAAGUCCCUAGGAUUCCUAACAGAUAGCAACUAUUGCAUUGCAGCUACAUCAGUUUUUGCCUAGUGACCUACCCAUUCUCUUCCAUUUCUGCAAUCCCAUCUAUCGCUUGUAUGUGAGUAUGUUCCAUUGUGUUCAAUGGGACUUAUUUCAAGUAAAGAUGCAUAGGAUUGAUCUGUGAGACUACAGUGCUCCCUCCCCUUUGUUGCUUUGUUUGGACUGGUUUCAGUAUGGGAUAGAUGUGGGUAAUGAUUAUAAUAUGAACUGCAGUGGUGCCCCAUUUGUGUAUUUCCCUCCCCCCUCAUAAAGACCCACCGUGCACCAGCAAUGCUUGGAGGUGUCAGUGGGGCUAUUCUUAUUCUCUCAGGCUUUUUAAACACAUUUGACUUUUUUAUGAGCUACCCUGGAAUUUCUGCUGAAGGGUAGUAUAUUCUUUCAAACUAUUUAAGCAUGCUUUCGUUUCACUCGAUUAAUUUAAUGUUUGCCACAUUCGCUCCAGGAUUUUUCCCGAGCCUUUAAAAUGAAUACUUUCAUAAUCCGAUAGAUCUUAUUAGGUCUCUAGCUAAUUAUAAAUGUGCAAUUCUCUACUAUGCUGCUAAAGAACUAUUUCAUGUUGAUGUAUUAUCAGACUGCAGCAAGUGCCUCAUACUACAUUGAAUUGCAGAUGAGUUGAUUCAGGGAGAUCAAUUUUACUUCAAACUUUUCAUCCCUUAAUUAUAGACAUCCUGCUUUUUGAAAAACAAUCUCUUCACUGUGUUUUUAUUUCUAGAUUUAAUAACGUGUUUAGACACUGCAAGUCAGUUUUCUGAACCAGAGUUCAGGUAAGAAUUGGUCUCUUUUUGAUACUUUGAUAAUAAUUUGAUAAUAAUUCUUGAUCUAUAACACAUCCCCAGAUCAAUCCAAUAUUCAAUGAAUUUAACCCCAAUUGAUUUCCUACCCUGAUUCUUCUCCAUGUCAGUUUCUCCAGUUCAUUUUACUUAAUUAAUCCAGAGGUCUUGGGAGAAGGCAGCAAUUGAAGGAGUGUUCUAUACCUCACCUAGCUACUUCUGUGAGGGACGCCCUCUCCCUGCAGUCAUAAUCCCAAGUACCUGGUUGUCUCCAGAACAAAUGCCCUGAGCCCAGGUUAGAAUUGACACAGCCCAUAUUGGCCUGAACUCACAGAGGAUGGACAUUCCACACCCAGGAAGGGUGCACUUGGGCACUAUGUACUGUCAUCUGCAGGGGCCAUUUGAAGCUCCAAUACAUGCAGUGGGACUUAAUUUUAAAAAUUUAAGUAAAAAUAGAUCACCACCUGUCUUCUUUGUACGUCUGGAACCAGACCUACAGAAAAGCAGACACUGGCCCAGACAGUAUUAUUUAUUGAAAUACCAGGCUGUCCAUUAAGAAGGCGGACUCCUAGUCACCAUAGAAAUUAUGGCAUAUGUUUUCAGUGCUUGUGAUCCAUUAUUUUGGAGUAUUAGUACAUGGACUAACCCUUAAAAUGUGGUAGAUUGCAUUAGGUCUCAUAAUGAUCGGUUUUCAAGGUCUGAAGUGUGUCAACCUAGAAAUUAAUAUGUAUUCCCCCCCCAUAUAAUUUGUGCUUACAUACAGUUGAGUAAGUCUUUAUUUCUUAUACCUAAAAAUGUUUGUAAUCUCUCAUGCCAGUAAUCUAACAAGGCACGGCAUCUUCAGUAGUACAAUAUUAUGCAUGGUGUAGCAAUAUCCCCGUCUCCUUCCCCCACAACAUCCUUAAAUCACUAGACUUGUGUAGAUGGAUCCCUAAACUUGCUCAGUUAACUUUCCUGAUUAAAUUUUGCAGCUUGGCAGUUUUCACAUGCUGUGCAGACCUGGAUGUAAUUACUUUGUAAAUUCCACUGAAGUAAUGGGAUUUAUUUAGAGUUACAGGAUUUAAGCAUAAGGUGCACUAAGCCAAUUCACAAUAAGGCACUAUAGAGGCAUUUAAGUGUACAUGCACACCCACAAGGAUUUGUGCAGAUUUUAUGUGUUUAGUAUAUAUAUAUAAAAAAAAGAAUAAGAAUGCAUUACCCAAUUUUUAUAGAGCCAGAUUCUUCCUUAAGUCUACUUAAAAUAUAAACCCCACAACACUUUUAGCUACAUACUCAUUUUUUGCUAUGAAAGUCUUCUCUUGGGCAUGUGAUUUUUCUGACUCUGGCAGAUAUUAAGUAUUUUGGCAUGCUUUUGUGAAGUAGUAGUAUGUUUGACAUGCCAGUUCAUAAGGAAGGAAGUUCACCACACAGGCUAUUAAAAAUUCCAGUUUUGUAAUCGAAGGUAGUUUGCAGAUCUUACUUUUAUAUUCCUGUUUCUUACAGUAAAUAUUGCCCAGCUGGAUGUGUUCUUCCUUUUACUGAUGUUUUUGGGACGGUUCCUCACGGCUACAGAGAUGUAAGUAAACUUCAGAAUGGUUGUUUGUACUUUUAAUUGGGUAUUCAACUGUGGUUUUCAGCUUAUGGCUUUGUAAUAUGUCAGGGGUGAGCAAACUUUUUCAGCAGGGGGCCGGUCCACUGUCCCUCAGACCUUGUGGGGGGCUGGGCUAUAUUUUUUUUGGGGGGGGGAAUGAACAAAUUCCUGUGCCCCACAAAUAACCCAGAGAUGCAUUUGAAAUAAAAGCACACAUCCUACUCAUGUAAAAACAUGCUGAUUCCCAGACCGUCCGCGGGCCGGAUUUAGAAGGCGAUUGGGCUGGAUCCGGCCCCUGGGCCUUAGUUUGCCUACCCAUGUACAGUGGUACCUCAGGUUACAAACGCUUCAGGUUACAUACGCUUCAGGUUACAGACUCGGCUAACCCAGAAAUAGUACCUCAGGUUAAGAACUUUACUUCAGGAUGAGAACAGAAAUUGCGUGGCGGCGGCAGCGGGAGGCCCCAUUAGCUAAAGUGGUACCUCAGGUUAAGAACAGUUUCAGGUUAAGAAUGGACCUCCAAAACGAAUUAAGUUCUUAACCCGAGGUACCACUGUAAUAUGUUAAGCACUCAAGGCACAUUGCUGUAGACAGGUUUUCAGUGACAAUAUCUCUUAACCAAGGCUAGCUAACUUUGGACCUCCAAAUGCCUCAGCUGGAAUGAUCAAUCCUCAGGGAUGGCUGGAGUUUUAGUCCAGCAACAUCCGGAAUGCUACAAGUUAGCCAUUUCUGUUCUGGUACAGAAUUAUAUCUGGAUUGAGUGGGAGAGCUGUGUAUUUUUUGCGUGCUUAGAAUUUUGCAAAAGGAAAGUUUAAUACGUACCAGAUAGUUAGCAGUAGCUUCUUUAACCUACUGAAAACUGUUGAAGUGCUAUCAGAUAGUAAGUAAUCUAUCUUCUCUCCUAAGUCUUCCUCCAUUUGCAUGGCUGGGGUGCAUGCAGGAGUGGUGUCCAACGUCCUAGGAGGUCAGAUCAAUGUCGUAAUCAGCAAAGGCAUUCCAUACUAUGAAAGUUCUCUGGCUAACAAUGUCACUUCAAAAGCGUAAGUCGAUAUGUUUGCUUUUCAUUUGCUACUUCUCUGUAUUGUUAAAACAUCAUUGCAGGUAAACACUUAGUUCUGAAAUAUGAAGGCUAAGUUCAGGCAAGGAUAUCAGUUAAAUUAUUAUGCUGCAGUGCUCAUGUAGUGUUAUUAGAUAGUUUGGCCUAUAAGUAAUGAAACAUUGCUCUUGCAAAGUUGUGAAAAUAUCUCUUUUUAAAGCAGUUUUCCAUAACAUUGUUUGUUCGUGAAAUUCCUUCUCUUUCUUGCUGAUUAUCAUGAAUGCAGCUUGUUCAUAGCCAACUUUUGUUGUCAUUCUUUUUCUUUAACUCUUAAAAUAUGAGAUGGGCAGUAUUUAAAAAGCCUUCACACACUCCAUAAAGAUUUUCGAGAAAUAUAGAUGGACCAUUUUAUCCACUGUCCAUAUUUCUUGCAAGUCAUGCAUUAAGAUUUAGUGUGGUAUAUUAUUAUUUUUACUCAGGGUGAAUACAAUAUUGCAUGACUUCUCUUGAAUAUCGGCAUUUUCCAAAUGCCAAUCUGGAUGUCAAAUUGUGCGAUUUGGCUUUUUCUUAUUUUAUCUUGGAAAUUUUGUGGCCGAACCAUCAGUUCAUUUAGCUCAAUAUUGGCUGGUAGACUCUCCUCAGGUUUUCGGGCAGGAUUCUUCCCAACUAGAGAUGACAGGGAUACAAGGCAGAUGCUCUAUCACUGAGCUAUGGCUCUUUCCCAGGGUGAAGUCUUUUAGAUCAACCUUUUGCGCAGCUUUUAUCCCAUGUAUUAGAAUAGCGUGCCAAGAGUAGUGAGUUUACUGCUAUAAUACCCUUGAACGAUGUUGUAAUAGAACACACACACAGAGAGAAAUUAAGGGGAAAUGUUACAUUUUGUUGGAACUAAAGAUGUAGUUUUGUUUUGUCUUUGGUUUGUUUUUUACGCAGAGGAGCACUGUCUUCAGGUCUCUUCACUUUCAAAACUAGUGGUAAGCCUUUCUUCUCUAUAUUGCCCCUUUGUGUUUAAUGGGAUCUAUACUCUUAUCUAGCCUGGUAUCUCUUUGAUCCCUUGCCAACAUAAACUCGUGGCUAAAUGGAGAUCUUCCAACUUUGGUCUUGAACUAUCUCGCCUUCCUUCUCAGUUAUUGAAGGAGAUAAUCGUUCCCACUCUCCUGCACCCCCUUCCUUGAAGUGAUCUGUGAAGUUUUUCAUUCUAUUUCAGAAUCAAAUAUUCUUAUUAUUAGAUAAAUGUUUGUAUUGUGCCCUUCCGGCGCUUACCACUUAGGGCUGCUAACAUUUAAAACCAACCAUUUAAAAAAAAUGAUACUAUAAAAGCAGUGGUGCUUCAGAUAAAAACUGUGGUACUCCCUCCCCACUCAGAUAUAUUUGGCAUCAAGUCUUUCUAAUACCAACUGAAGAAGACCCACUCUCUCACCCUGGCUUUUGGCUGAAUCAAUAUUGUUGCCCUUUGUAAACAGCUAUUUUAACUCUUGUGUUUUUGCGCUCACCUGUUUUUACCGUUUUCUUGUUUAAAUUUGUUGUGUGUUACCUGCUGUACCCUGCUUUGAGAUUAUUUUAUAAUGAAAAGUAGGUCACAAAUUUUAUGAAUAUAUAUAUCUAUACAAGCAUCAAGUAGAGGUUUAUCUCUACGUUAGAACAAAUGCAUGGCAAAACUGAAAGGUUUCUGCCAUAGAACUAAACACCAAAAGAGAGGUUUCAACCAAACAUCCCAGAGCAAAGUGUUUUAGGUGUGGCCGGAGGGAAGAUCCAAAAUUGUGCUACUUUUUUUUGAAUGUUGCUAAAGUCCAGGUUUUCCUUAAAGUAGAGAUAAAAACCUCUUGUUGGAAUGAUUGUCUGCAAAGAUAGGCAUUUCGAUGAGAGAUAAUCAACUUACUUGCAUUUCAAUACAUGUUGUUUAAAUGGUACAAGAUUCAUUUUGAUCUAGGUCCUGUUCUGUCUUUAGGCCUUGGGAAGGGUUUAAGUAUUUAUUGUGUUAUAAAAGUUGCACCAUCUCUUGGACUCUUUGUAUGUUUAGGUUGCUACGGGACACUGGGAAUGGAGUCUGGAGUCAUUGCUGAUUCGCAGAUUAAUGCAUCGUCAUUUCUAGAAUGGCCUGAGCAAGUGGGGCAGCCCAGCACCUGGAGGCCAGAAAGAGCCAGGUUGAAAAGGCCUGGACACUCUUGGGCAGCUUUUACCAAUGAUGAGUAUCAGUGGUUGCAGAUAGACCUAAACAAAGAGCAACGCAUAACAGGUAAGCACACCUGUGUUCAUUCUUCAAAGGACAAGUCCUCUCCUAGCAGUAAACACCCCAAUGCCUAGAGGUGGAUUUAGGGCGACACGAUUUGCCUCCCCCCCCCCCCGGGUGCAGGGGUGAAGGGAGUUCCUUCCCACCUCCUUCCUUCCCAAAGCUGGGCAAGUGAGGCACUGGGCUUUGGGAAGGAGGUGUGAGGCUGUGUCUGAGUCCUAGAGGUCCCCUGCCUCCUUCUGAAAGCCUAGUUAGUGUUUUCCCAGCUUUGGGAAGGAGGUAGGAGGGCUGUAGAACUCUGCCAGAGCCUUGUGUCUCCUUCCCAAAGCCCAUUACCAUCCUUAUUGGAGGUGUGUAUGGGGGGGGGGUCAUCAACAUUUGGCCUCACACAGGACCAUAAUACCAAGGUCCACCCCUGAUGCUUUGAAUGAAUGAAUGGCAUUUAUUACAUCGGUCCGUGGACAAUAGCAGAUUGAAACACAAUGCCAAGCAUUAAAAAGCCAUAAAAGUGCAGAAGUCACAAUUACAGUGAACACAUGGAGCUUUAUUUACAAAACAGAUAGACGUUAUUAGAACAACAAAAAAUACUUGUGACAUUUGGAAGUUAUUUAAGGAUAUGUUUACUCUCGUGUCUUCAAAUCUCCAUGACAAUUUACAAAUACUGAAUCAGAUAUUACGGAUAUUGCCUUUUCGGUGUAGAAAGAAGUGUGUGUGUGUGUUCAUGUCCUCAGUCCAGUGCUAUACAUGAGCAAUGCCCUUACAUUAGUAAUGGCCUCUUGUAGCAGAGAUCGAUGCUUGAGCCCUCUGCUAGUUUUGGCUCUGUGUUAGGCAAGGCAGGAGGAAAGCCUGCCACAAAGGUUUGUCUAGUCCAGCAUCAUGGUCUGCCUGGUAGCCAGCCAGAUGUCCAUGUGAAGCCCACAAGCAGGCCAUGAAGGCAGCAUCUCCCUCCGCUGUGGUUUCCCCGUGACUAGAAUUCAGAAGCAUGUUGCCUCUGAUCCUGGGGGUGGUAGUUUCUGAUAGCAUCAUCCUCCAUGAAUUUGUCUGCUUGCCUUUUAAAGCAGUCUGAAGUUGGUAGACAUUGCUUCAUCUUGUGGUAGCAAAUUCCAUAGUUUAACCAUGAGCUAGCUGUGUGAAGAAAUACGUCCUCCUGUCUGUCCUGAAUUCCCCAUUCUUCAGCUUCACUGGAUGAGCCCAGGUUCUCGUAUUGUGAGGGAGGGAGAAGAAGGUCCUUCUACUUUCCUGUCCCCACACAUAAUUUAUAUACCUCUGUCAUGUCCCUCCUUCUUGCCUUCCAAAUUAAAAAUAAAUAAAUCCAAACCUGGCAACCUUUUCUUACAGUUGAGCAUUUUGAUUAAUUUGUUUUUGCACUUUUCAAUAUCUUUUUUUUAUAUAAAGUAUUUGAAGUGUACUUGAAGAACAGAUUUGUUGAGAGGGACUACAGUAUUGACAGUUUUAUUUUCAGUCCCUUUCCUAACAAUCCUGAACGUGAAAUUUGCCCCUUUUUCACCAUUGCCACCUAUUUGAUUCAAGUUUCCAUCGGCCUAUCAACCCUGACCUCAAUAUUCCUUUCUGGUCAGCCAUUGUCAGACUGGAUAGCUCAGUUGUUUAGAGUGUGGCACUGAGAAUGCCAAGGUUGCAGGUUUGAUCCCCGUAUGGGACGGGUGCAUAUUCCUGCACUGCAGAGGGUUGAACUAGAUGAUCCUCAGGGUCCUUUCCAACUCUGCAGUUCUGUGAUCCAGGGCCUGUAAAGCCAAGUGGAGUGUUUGCUAUCACCAGCUUAUAGCCCAUCAGUGUAUAUGUAGAAAUAUUUUUUUUUGCCACAAUGGGCAGAAUUUUACCCUUACCCUGAACCAUAUUUGCUAUUUCAUGGCAAAUUGAGCCAGUUUGGAAAGAUCCUUCUUUAGAGUUCUUCGUAAUUCCCUUUUCUAUUUUUGCUGGGCAAGCGUCUGUGUCGAUUAAAUGUUUUAAAAAUGCUCUUGCUAUUUAUUGUAAAUGAGAACCUUCUUAUCCACAGGUAUAAUAACUACUGGAUCCACCUUAGCAGAGUACCAUUAUUAUGUCUCUGCCUACAGGAUUCUGUACAGGAACGAUGGGCAGAAGUGGACAGUAUACAAAGAACCUGGUGUUGAGAGGGAUAAAGUAAGCCUGCCCAAUAUUCUAUGUGCAAAAUAAGAUGAAGUUGGAGUGCAUAGGAACUCUGGGUGUGUGUUUAAUGAUUCUGGAAUCAUCACUUAAGUAUGAAGGUGCUUUUCCAGAGGAAUUAACAUUCUUCCAUGGAUAGAAAGCUAAAUGUUGGCGCACCCUGCUUAUUACAGAACUCUGAAAAUGGGAACAUAAGUUAAGUCUCUCAUGGGUCACACGAGCCCAUCCAGCAUACAUGGAAGAAACAGAGGCUGGAGGAAAGAAGGAUUUCUCUCCUUGCAUGUGUAUUCCUUGGAUCGAAGGAGGAGAGAAUUCCAGCAGAAGCCAGGAAUAUAUCUAUGCUUACAGUGUGUGUCUGUGUGAUGUGCAUGCAUAGAAGGAGCGUGAGGAGAUGGGAUCCUGGGAUUUUUUUGGGGGGCGGGGGCGGGGAGAGAUUUGAAUCUAGGCUUUUGACACAAUAAAGAAUAUGUAUGGUGUGUAUUUGUUAGAUGGUAGUACAUUACUAAUAUUGUAUGCUGCGUUGAAGUGUUUCAGCGUUACAUAUUUAUACUGCUUGACCUAAUGUAGAGCAGUUUGCCCUCUUGUGCUUGGAAAAGGCAACAGGUUGUGAACUUGGAUGCUGUGCAAAUCUGACUCUAUCACUACCAAGGUUUUGGUAGCAGGUCACAUCAAUGAAGGUUUGCCUUCAGUUUCCCCCAGAUAAAUGCUGCGUAUCUAUCGCCUCACGAAAAUAUAGGGAAGCUUUUCAAAAGAGACUCCUGUUGAUUGGUAUUUCCAGUAGUACAGUGGUACCUCGGGUUACAUAUGCUUCAGGUUACAUACGCUUCACGUUACAGACUCCGCUAACCCAGAAAUAGUGCUUCAGGUUAAGAACUUUGCUUCAGGAUGAGAACAGAAAUCGUGCUCUGGCAGCCCCAUUAGCUAAAGUGGUGCUUCAGGUUAAGAACAGUUUCAGGUUAAGUAUGGACCUCUGGAACGAAUUAAGUACUUAAACCCGAGGUACCACUGUAAAUUAGAUUAGUAAAUAUAUUAAGUGCUUAGUACACUAGGGAAAUGAUCAGAAACGAACUGUAAUACUUGCUUUUGACUGCCCUCUUCUGGGCAUACAAAAUAAUAAUUUUGAAAAGCACAUCUACCUAAACUUUUGUAGUUAACUGAGUGUAAUCGACGGCAGGUUAGGUAGAUGGGCUUUCUAUUGGGUAGGUGAACAUUUUAAACUGCAGUAUGUCUGUGUGUGUACACACACACACAGACACAGUAUCUGGUUGGAGCUCAUUUAAUGUGUCAUUUAGCAGAUGUAUACAAGGCUUUUCAAUAAAAGGUAUUUAAUUAAAACCCCCAGAAUAAGUUAUUCAUUAGUUGACCUUACACUACUAGAGCCAUCUGUACUUUGAGAACUCUGUGUCUGCUGCCCAGAGUAGCUUAGGCAAGCAGAAGAAAAUAUGAGUAUUAGCUUAUUUUCCUGGAGCAGUAUUUUGUAAUGCAGAACUCCUAAUGUCUUAGAAAAAUGAUGUAUUUUACAUCAAAUUUUGUUUUUCUAGGUAUUUCAAGGCAACACUGGGUAUUAUCAAGAAGUCCGCAAUAACUUCAUUCCACCCAUUAUUGCUCGUUUCAUUAGAAUAAACCCUUUGAAGUGGCACCAGAAAAUCGCAAUGAAAGUUGAACUGCUAGGAUGUCAGUUUAGUGUUGGUAAGUGGAGUGACUUUUAUCAUUCUUUAUAUUAACAUGACUUGCCUUGGGAGAAGAAUGUGAUACCGACUGAAUUUGUUUGUGCCUUCCCAGUUUGUGUUAUUCCCAGUUCGUUGAAUAACAUCUAUACUAACAAAUUUGCACUGCUUGACCGUCUGGCAUGCAGCAAUUGUAUCAACGUUUUAAGUUUUAUUCCCAAAGUAUGAGCACAAUGCAGCUCGCAACAGUUUUCUUAGGCAGUAAUCCAUGCAUUCAUUUGCCAGCACAGCACGUCUUAGCAGCAAUUUUGUAUUGGCAUAUUAAAGAUUAUACAGAUGCCAUUGUAUUUUGUAGCAUGCUUCAUUACAUAAAGGAAUCUGCUUGGUGCUUUAACGAAUGGCAUGACCUUUAAAUUUUGGUUUUCUUUAAAGUUCGGGCUCCAAGACCUACAGUACCCCCACCACCCAGGAACAGCAAUGACUUUCCCUCGCACACUGAUAAAACCACCUUCACUCCGGAGAUCAAGAACACUACAGUAGCUCCAAGCGUAACCAAAGGUAGUGACAUCUAUAUAGCAAAUAGCAUUGCAUAAGGCUAAGAGUCAAUAGUAAUGCUAUAUUGAUUCCCUGCUAUGUUUUUGGUAUAUUGCCAACUAUAUUGAUUUAUCAAUAAUAUAUAUAUAUAUUGUAGCAGAGAUUCAUGUAGCAGAGAUAGUAGUUGACAUAUAUGGUAAAGGGUAAAGGACCCCUGGACAGUUAAAUCCAGUCAAAGGUGACUAUGGGGUUGUGGCACUCAUCUCGCUUUCAGGCCAAGGGAACCAGCAUUUGUCCACAGACAGCUUUCCAGGUCAUGUGGCCAGCAUGACUAAACCACUUCUGGUGCAAUGGAACAUCGUGAUGGAAACCAGAGUGCACGGAAAUGCCGUUUACCUUCCCGCCACAGUGGUACCUAUUUAUCUACUUGCACUGGCGUGCUUUCGAACGGCUAGGUUGGCAGGAGCAGGGGCCGAACAACGGGAGCUCACCCCGUCACGGGGAUUCAAAUUGCCGACCUUCUUAUCGGCAAGCCCAAGAGGCUCGGUGGUUUAGACCACAGCCAACAGGGCAUGCUAAAUUUGAGUAGAAAACUAGAAAUGGAUACCCAACUGCUAACCAGUUUAUGUACAAUUUAACAAACAUUCUCAGCUUGAAAUGUUUUGCUGGGGUGAUAUCAAGAUGGGCCUUUGGGUCUCAUUAGGCCUGACUUUGGUCUGAGAGGACAUUUCUCACCAAACCGCAGCUUAGGGGCCAGCUCUCAGGGCCAGCUGAUUGACACUGCCAGCAAGCUCUGCUUUGUUUGCAGGCGAUUGUUUGGAUUCAAACUGGCGCCUGUAAAGGGGCCUUGCUGUAAAUGGGAAUUGGCUGAUUGGUGGUUACAAUGAGGCCUUUUGAACUUUGACAGAUUGGUGGCUCUAGUGACUGUCCAAGACAGCCCACAGGUGUGGUGGGUGCACAAAUUCAGUUUCCCUCCCCCUCCGCUACAUAUUAUUAUGGGUGCAAAAUGGUAUUUUGCUGCAGUAAUAUUUGGAUGCUAUUACAAGCUUUAAAUGAACUUUCUUCAGUAUUUGUACAAGGAACAAAGGGGGUUUUGUUUAGUGUGCCUGCAAUGCUUAUGGACUCUACUUGUUUAAUGGCUUUCAGAUGUGGCAUUGGUAGCUGUUCUGGUUCCUGUGUUGGUCAUGGUCCUUACCACCCUCAUUUUGAUCUUAGUUUGUGCCUGGCAUUGGAGAAACAGGUAAAGGAAUAAUUAAAUGCUUUGCAUCCUCUACAAGGGAGGAAAUGUAAUAGGUACAGGAGGGAAUGGGAGAAAUGAAAUAUGGUCAAUUAAAAUGCUCAAUUUAUGCAUUAACAUGAAGAAUAAUUUAAAUUAGUGUGGAUGUGUGUUCAGGAGGGCCUUGUCCUGGUCGUACAGUACUUUAACCUGAACAAUCUUGAGAAGGCUGUGUAGGUUCAGCAGCUUUUAUAUCAACAGAACAUGCAAAUUUAACUAACUUCCAGUGGGACGGUUGUCUUUGCUGCUAUUUCUUUGAAAUAAAGUGAGAAGGAGAUCAGUCUCUUAGUAUUUCAGGCUCUCCACCAUCACCCCCUCACCCCCAACUCCAGAAAAGACUGUACCUGUUCUUCAAAACUAGUACCCACAGUGUUGAUCUCAAAUGGCUGUUUCAUAUUGACACUAAUUUUGGGUGUGUUCUGCAUUUCACUCACUUUUCCAGAAAGAGAAAAUCAGAAGGAACCUAUGACAUACCAUAUUGGGAUCGUGCAGGUAAUAACCAUUGUAGCACCUCUAGCUGCAUCAUUAAGCAUUGAGAUGAACAUAUAUUUGUGCAAAUUCCAUCUGUUAAUGGUUGGACUUGGGCAAGCACUUGCUUGCUCAGCCCCCUCAUACAAAGCCUCUCUAUUGUUUGACUUGAUUACCUGAGCAGCCCAAAUCCUUCCUGCCUUCUCCUCUCUGUACGUUUUAAAGGGGAGGCCCUUUCUGUUCCCACCAAGGGUGGAAGCACUGUUGAUGGCAACAAGAGAGGCGGCCUUCUUAACGCCUCCACCAGUUUUGGGAACAACUUCCCCCCGUGAAGCAUGGCUGGCUCCAUCUGUUGCUGCCUUUCACUGAUCAGGAAAUCAAACCCUAUCUCUUAACCUGAACCUUAGCUCUAACUCAAAACCGAACCCUAUUUAACUCUCUCCCUCAGAUACUGGCCCUUUUAGUCUCCCUGCCAAAGUGCUGUUCCUCCCCCCUCUGUGGCCAGCUGACUCUGUAGCCCAUACACGAGAGGCUCUAACAUUCUGGUGGAGUUUCAGAGGAAGUGCAUCACCAGACUCUAGUCUGGCUCUGCUGUCUUUGUCACAGGUGCUGAAUGCCCCACCCUCUUCCUCCUGGGCUGUUUGUGUCUUAAGAGGGACCUUCACACAAACACAUGAGGGGAUUCCUGCAUUGCAGGAGGUUGGAUUAGAUGACUCUUGGGGUCCCUUCCAACUCUACAAUUCUGUGAUUACACACCCCCACCACCAUGUAUGGAUCUACAUGUGUAAUGCUCUGCCACAUGAGGUGGCGCCUAGGACCUAUACAUGCACAUAUCCAUUGAACAUACAACCCCCAAUGCAUUGAAAGAACGCAUAAUAACAUAAGAGCCCGCAGUGUCUGGCCAGUGGCCCAUCUAGUGCAGAAUCCUCACGUUGGCCACCCAGAUGCUUGUGAGAAGCACACAAGGCAGGACAGGAGCACCACAGCCCUCUGCGCGUCUUAGCAGGUGGUCUUCUGUUUGUCUACACUAUGGUUUGUUAACAAGCUGAGAUCACAAACCAUGAUAUGAUUCUGGGUUGUUUGAACAACUGAACUAUCCAAAGUUCCCCUGAGUUUAGACAUAAUGUAAACCACCCUGUGAUCUUCGGUUGAAACGUGGUAUAGAAAUGUAAUAAUCAUCUUUAUUUAAUUAAAAUACACACAUAUAUAUAUACACACACACACACACACACAUAUAUAUGUUUAUAUGUAUACAUAUACACAUAAAGAUAAAGAAAAAAAAGAAAAAGAAAAAACAUUCAGAUUUUUUUUACAUUAUUAUACAAUCAUUCAUUAAAUUUCUAAAUAAAAGACUUCCAAUUCUUCUCAUUGUACUUGUAUUGUUAUUUACGUUUAAACGCACAGCCUUCUAUUACCCUGAUUUGUUUUUGUGUACUCUAGUAAAUUAACAUUUACACAUUGUAUUUUACAAGGAUCAGUUUAGUUCUGCAAGGAGAUUGUUAUUUGAACAAUAUGUUUUUAGGUCAUCUUUGAAUAUUUUCCAUUCUUUGUAUACUUUCUGGUUUGAAGGCCCUCUUACUUUCCCCCUCAUCUCUGCCAGUUCGAGGUAUUCAAUUGUAAGAGUCUGCCAUUCUGUUAUUGUGGGCGUUGUUUCAUUUUUCCAAUUUCUUGCCACUAAUAUGGUAUAGAGAUGUAAUAAAGAAAUCUCCUAUUCAUUGCCACGCAGGAAGAGGAAAGGGGUAGAGGGGAAGCACGUGAGUCAAGGGCUCGCCGCUGUUUGUCUAUGUAGCCCGAAAUUGUGCUAAACAGGCAAAUUGCUCCAGAGUAACCAGGUAACCAUUACAGGCGAAGUUCCAAAGCUAAAGAAAUGCAUAUUGAUUCAUAACCAUGUCACUUGUAAACCUUGAUAUAGGUUGGUGGAAAGGCAUGAAGCAGUUUCUUCCUGCCAAGUCUGUAGAACAUGAGGAAACGCCUGUUCGUUACAGCAGCAGUGAAGUUAGUUGCCUUAGAUCAAGAGAAGUUACAACCAUGUUACAAACCCAAACUGCAGGUAUUUGUCUUCUCCAGUUUUUCUUGAUUUCAGUAAAUGGUGCCUGUUUUAAAUAUUUUUGCAGAUUAAAUCGCAAUAGUCUUACCUUCCUGUAUUUCCUCCCAUACCCCCUAAAUUCUUUUAAAAAUCUGUGCCGGGGAUAGAUGUCCAAAUACAGCUUGUAGAAGGACUGAUUCUGGAGUUAGCCAAUGUGGUACAGUCCUCUCACAGAAUUGUGUCACUUGAGUUUUUAUGAACAAUCCGCUUGAGUGUGGCUAGUUGAAAAUCCCACCAUGGAGAAGUUGCAAAACUAACUUCUCCUAAUAAUUGCUUGGUUUUUUCAUGCUUUCAAGUAAAGUCCAAGUGUAACCAAUAAUCAUUUGAACUAGCUCACAUCUUUUCAAGCAGCUAGUAAAACAUAAUUCACAAAAUAUUUAACUGGACCUCUUUACUCAGAAGUACUGAUUUCUAUUAUUGUUUCACUGAAUAUGCCUUAAAUAUGGCAUAUGUGAUUACACUAGUAGGACUGCAAGAAGUUUUGUAAGGAGGAUUAUGGGAAAUAUUGCAGAGAAAAUUUAUGAAUAGAUUUAUUUGUUAAGGAUUUUUAAAAGUAAUAGUAAAAUUAAUGAAAUGCAGAUUAAGUGAUAAAGAUCGAAAAAUCUUCAGAUGUCGUUGAUGGAAGUCCAAAAUAUUGUAUAAGAUAAAAAUAUAUGUUACAUGAUUUUUGGAAAUUAUAAUAUAUAUAUAUAUAUAUAUAUAUAUAUAUAUAUAUAUAUAUGGCAUACGCAUAACAGAAGUAGAUAAAGUAUUGACAUAAUCCAUUAAUAUGUUUGGACUGGUGUACACAUGGUGGCCCCAGCCUGAUCAUCCCAGGAACACUUGAGACCACUGUUAGCCUGAAACCACUGCCCAAAUUUCAGGUGCCAUCAGAAGAUCAGAGUAGCCACAUAACAUGACUGAUAGGUAGAGGUGCUGAUUCAAAUGAACAGUGACCCUAUGCUCUCCUGAGAUCUUCCCACUGGAGCAGUCUCAUGUGUGAUCUGGCCCAUUUCAGUUCCAAGUGCCCUUUUUUUUAUUACCAGUGCAAUGGCAGUAUGUGACAGCUGGAAAACCCUUGACGAUACUGGUCUCUCUUUGUACAGAGUAUGCACAGCCACUGGUGGGAGGAAUUGUUGGCACACUUCACCAGAGAUCAACCUUUAAACCUGAAGAAGGAAACGAAACAAGCUAUGCUGAUAUGGAUCCUUACAAUUCACCCGAGCAAGAGAUUUACCAUGCCUAUGCUGAACCGCUACCUAUCACUGGACCAGAAUAUGCAACACCAAUUGUGAUGGAUAUGUCAGGUCAUCCCGCAGCUCCCCUGGGCAUUUCUACUGUAUCUACUUUCAAAGCUCCAGGAAACCAAGCUGCUCCCAUAGUUGGGGCAUACAGCAAACUUGUUUCCAGAUCAGAUAGUUCAUCGCCUACUCGAGUACUCUAUGACACACCCAAAGGAAUGCCAGGACUCAAUCCCACAGAUGAGUUGGUAUACCAGGUACCACAGAACAUGCCACAUUCCACAGAGAAUAAAGAAGAUGUUAGCUAGAGAAUGUGGCUUUCAAAAAUUAAAUCCUUUGGAGAUCACUUUUUGCAUUGGAAGAAAAAUGUGUGACUUGGUGGGAGCCCAGAAAAAAUGAGUCAAUUACCUUUUUGAGGGUCUGUACACAACUACUGCUUUCCUGUUUAUAGAAUGAUGGGCUUUCCAUUCACUACUGAUGGGCACUACAUUUUUUUGCUAGGCAGGUGUGAGAAGCUUUCAGAGAUGCUGAAUUGCUAAGUGUAAAUACAUGUUCCACAACAGAUAUAUAAUGUGCCACUAUAGAUAUAUAAUUAAUCAAAAUGAUCUAUGGUCCAUGAGCCAAGAAAAGGAAAGGUACUAUUCUGGAUAUAGAAAAAGUCACUGAGUCCAACAUACCAAUUUCAAAUUAAUUGCUAUCUAGCAAGCUGGUAUUUUCAUAAGGCUUCACAUUGUAAAAGUAAACUGAUUAUUGUGCUUCCUGUAACAGGAAGUUAGUGGCAAUUAUAAGGAAAACUGAUCCCUAAAAUUAACAAGUUUCCUUUGUUGAUUUCUUUGAUGAAAUCAAUUCGUAGUGUAGAAAAUACCUGGAAUCUCUGGCAAGCAUGACUUGCUAUACACUAGUAAUCACUCUCUGUUGAUCCCUUUGGAGUAGUUUUGUAUGAAUCCUGUUCUCCCUACUAUUUGGGUGCUCCUUGCCACUUCCUAGGGGGGUGAAUUCCCUGAAGAUGAUACAUUUUCUAAAAUUUGUUACAAAUUUACUAAAAUUUGUAAAAGGGACCUUACUGAGAAUCCUUGGCUCAACUAAAACUAUAAUUUCUUUAAAAAAAUAACCCCAAAGCCCUCCAAUGAUGGCCUCAAACAGCAAAAAAAAUAAAAAUAUAUUUUAUUUAGAUUAAAGGAAGGGAUAUUUUUAAGGAGGGAAGGAUAAGUUCACUUCUAUAAAACAUAAGCACACUGGCAUCAUUGCAUGUAGGUUUUUAACGUAAAUCAGGGUGUCUUUACAUGCAUAGAUGAAAAGCUUGGUUUUCCCAAUAUGAUUUUAGGUAUAUGCCUUAAGAAAAUGCAUAUAUGCAUUGGUGUCAUGGAGCCUUCUGAAUGUGAGAUGGCGAUUAGAUUGAAAUAUAGCAAUGUUUAAAAUACUGGCAUUUGAUCUACUAUGUAUUGCAUAAAAAUUAUUUUUUUCACCCCUAGAUUCUUCAAGUUCAAAAUUAUCAUACCAUUUCAUUCGGGACUAAAGGUAUUUCCCCUUCUAACUCCUCGUGAAAUUAUUUUUCCAAGGUUUAUAUACUUGAAACCAGUUAGUAACUUUUGUGCACAAUGAGAAUUGCUGAAAGCAUAGCUGUAUAACCUACAAGCCAGUCUCCCUUUGGCCAUGCUUUAAAUGUGUAUAUAUUUUUUACAAAGCACAUUAGGGUGACAUGAAAAGAACGCUUUGUUUUUAUUGUAUUAUAACAGCACUGUAGCGACGAUGUAGAACAGAUAAAUGUGAUAUCCCCUCUAUACGCAAUAGCCCAGUUUUAUGGACUUCAUUAUGAACAUAUAGUUCAAGAGAAUAUUGGGUGUUAUCCCGUUGUGUUCGUCUGCUAGCAGCAGAUUGUUCACUUGCCGAAUGAGACUUUCUCCCUUCCUCUCCUCCUCUGCACAGACACCAAAUCUUCUUCAGAGAGAGAGAAGCUGGCAGGGGGUUAAAGGGUAAGGAAGCCAAAAUCCACUUGAACUGUAUUGGAUACUGCCCAUUUCUAUUUUUCUUGUGGUCUGUAUUGUUGAAUGCACAAUAUAUCUCAGUGUAGCUGGCUGGAAAGGUAAAUCAUGACAAUCACAACUCUUAAAUGUAGUUAGUACUCCUUAGCCCAGCUUUCUCUAGCCUGGGGCCCCUUCGGAUGUUGAGGACCACGCUAUAGCUGGGACUGAAGCCCAUAACAGCUCGAGAGCAGCAGCCUUAGUCCAAUACUUAGUUUCAGCAGUAUGGCAUGCUGGUUCGCUCUUGUGCUUUGUUCCAUUUAUAUUUUGUUUAUUUAUAAAAGUGAUAACAUAACUUAUUUUUAUUCUGUAAACUACGGUACACCGAGGCUAAAUGUGUGGCCUAAGAAAACUUUCAGAAUAUGUGUAUAUGUAGACUCUAUUCUAUGGCCUAGUCUAUAAUUUCUUGCUUCGUUUGGUCCAAUGGAUAUGGGUACAUAUCUGCCAGGUUGGAUUCAACAAAAUAUGUGUUAAAUAUAUGACACCCUAAUCGUGUCAUUGUCUAUCUCUGUUAGGGUCUCUAGACUCAGCUGUCCUACUCUUACAUAUCUGCAUCUUUGAAAACCAUACUGUAGAAAUAGCACAUUUGCAACAGAGUGAUUUCCACCUCCUGCCAUUGCCAAAAGGUGAUUCAUUGCUGGAAGUAAAAUUCAAGGGAUUAACUCUUUUAAGUUCAGAUGGUAGCACUCGUGCACCUUGCCAGUCAAAACAUAGUUCCUUAGCUUGGUUAUAAAUCACUUCUUAGUUACAAAUUGGAAUCAGAACCCUAAAUUCUUCAAAAACCUGAGAUUGCAGUUGGAUUCAGUGGCGCACAUCAAGCAAACAACUACUUGUAAACAGAAUUAAAAACUAUUACCUUUAUUUAUUGACAGUAUUUAUAAAUCACUCUUCUGCAUAUGUUACAAGGCAGUGCACCAAAUGCUUCAUUACAAAUAGCAAAGUAAACUAUGUCAAACUCUAAAAUUAAUGGCAGAAAAGCAACAGGAAAAUAAUCCUGGCUGAUUUCCAAAUGCCCAGUAGAAUAGAACACAACCUAGGUUUCCUAGAUACUAAAAAUUCUUCUUAGAAACGUAUUUUCUGCUCAGAUUCUAAACAGAUGGUAGCUAUCUUUAAAUGAAAACUAGGCAGCAAUCCUGUACCCACUUCCCUAGCUGUAAGCCCAGUGAACUGAAUGGGGCUUAUUUCUGAUUAAACAUGUUAUAGGGGUUGCGCUCUGAGUGUUUUAACUUGAAUGUUGCACCAGUUAGAGUGGCUUGGUGUAUUUGUACCACGCCAAAGUAUAGAAUUGUGUAUGUGUGAUGUUUCUUACAAAAAUUGACAAAUGUACAUACAAGAGACUACCAAAAGCCACGGUAGGGCUGUUUUUCAAAGCUGCCUGUUACUGGAAUUGUGCACAAAAGUGUAUAUGCUUAGUUUGAAGUCUUGCAGGUAUCCAAACCCACAAACCUUAGUACAAGCAAGUCCACCUCCACUGUAUGUUGCAGAUUUAAGCUUGCCAGCACAUAAAAUAUUACAACAGUAUAAAAGGGAUGGUGUGAGCAAUUGAAUGUAUCAAAAUUAAAUGGCUGAUUAGAUGAAAACAGCUUUCUUGAUUUACUGCCCUGUAUUUUAGGUACUAACUUAUUGAUUCCUGAAUGUAAGACACACAGCACAGGCAAGUAUCCACACAAGUGUUUUGGGGUUUAGGCUCACUGUUGGUAUUGUCUCAAGGUAUGCAGAGGGGUCACUCGGCUAGUGCAGGUGAGAUGGGUGCAAAUAAGUGUCGACUGGCUGUUUUCCUAGAAUGUACUUCCUUACCUCAGCAUGUUCUGUAGUCACUCUGUGUAUGUUGCUAGAAUUUAGAUAAUAUGAAUAGCAUUUUUUUAAUGUAUGUGUUAAAACCUUUUAAUAAAAUGCACAAUGUGGAACUCAUGAUUCUUGUACAGGAAAAAAAAGUAAGCAGAUUCCAUUUUGGAGCUUAAUGUCGCUGAAUAGCCCAGCUGAUGGAGAGUCAGUUACAGCUACAUUUUGACAAGCACUUUCUGUUUGGCAGAUUCUGAUUUUAUCUUGGGGGUACUGUUUGUGGACAUGAGAACCUCAGUGGCAAUAUGCAGGUAAGACACAACGCAACAGACUUACAUAUUGUUCAGAUGAUUCGGAGCAGCCCGAUCCUAUUGCUUACUUGUGCAAACAGGCUUGUUCUGUUCUACCCCAUCUGCCUUGAUAGCACACCGUUAAAAGAGCACUGAUAAUUUUUGAAAGGAGUUAUCUUAGUGAACCAUCCCCCCCCCCCCGAUUAAUACUGGAACAAUGGAACCAGACAGAUGAGUUCUGUUAAGGACAUCUUCACAGAACGCCUAAUUUACAUAAUUCACUGCCAUAAAAUACAGUGGUACCUCGGGUUACAGACUCUGCUAACCCGGAAGUAGUACCUUGGGUUAAGAACUUAGCUUCAGGACAAGAACAGAAAUUGUGCGCCGGCGGCAGCAGGAGGCCCCAUUAGCUAAAGUGGUACCUCAGGUUAAGAAUGGUUUCAGGUUAAGAAUGGACCUCCGGAACGAAUUAAGUUUGUAGCCAGAGGUACCACUGUAUGCUGAUAGCCACAUGCUUAGAUAAAUCUACUGAGAUUAGGUCUAUAUAGUGAUGGUCACCUAAACAGAAGCCCCAGAUUCAGAGGCAGUAUUCCUCUAAAUACCUGUUGCUAGUUAGGCAAAUCAUCUUCUUUGGCGAUCACUUGUAGCCGAGUAAGAUUGUCUUCCAUGAACAUGGUCUUAACAAUGAGUCCGUAAGUGACUGUGGAGGCUAAUUCUGGACCCACACAUCCUUCCACAGUGGGGACAUUGGUUUCUGGGCAGGAGUUGAUCACAAAUAGCAUAGUGUGGGGCUUCUGGGAAGCAUUUGGCUGGCUACUGGGCGACAGGUUGCUGGGGCAGAAUGGAUCCAGCAGCUCUGCUCUGACACUCUUAACCACUGUGUUGAGAAUUAUAUAGCACAAGACUAAGAAUGCACAGCGCAUGUGGAGCUAAAGCCCCACAACUUUGCACCAAGAAAACCCAGUAUGUCUCCUUCCUUCCUUGUCAUUAAUACUUCCUUGUCAUUAAAAUCCACAGAGCAUUUCUUACAAGAGGGAUUUAACUGCAACUUUUUUGCUUUAAUUCUAACUUGAUAUUGCCUGGCGCUUUUUAAAAUUCCCCCCUGGUGGCAGCUGGCUGUGGUGCCAUUUAUUGCUUUAUCUCCUGAAGUGUAUAAAUGCCACUGCAUGCUGCGAAAUAAAUCACUCUUUAAUCUCUCAGAGGCCAGUAUUUGGGAAAGCUGUAUAUAAUUUCGGUACAGAGCUUUUCAAUACGAAAGAUGAACUAAUGGAAAUAGACAUUUUAAUAAGCAGAUUCAUGUGUAACACUACUUACACUGACAGCUUCUUCCUUUUUAAACUCUACAUUUCUUGCAAUGUGCUGUUCUGCCUAUGACACUUUCGGGAACAGAGUCACUGCCGCAGAGGAUGUGCAAGAGGCCAGGGAUCCACAUGGCUGUUACCUGAGAACUUGCGUGAACUUUUAACCUAGCUGUAAACAUUCAUCAGACCAAAUGUACUGGCGUAGUUCCUAGCCAAGCAUUCAUUAUACUAAGUACUAGAUGAAUUCAGACAGGAACUCAGCCCAUUGCUGCAUGAGCCGAGACUUCACAGACUCCUUCCUUCAAAUAUUACUGUUUCUAAAUUUCCGCCUGUGUUCUGCGUAAACCAUGGUUUGCCACUGCAUCCGUGCGCCACCUGCAGAGUGAUUUUAGCAAACCAUUUGCCUUUAAACAAGGUUCCAAAAUCCAAAACUGUCUUUUGGAGUCCUGGUUUAAGGGCAGAUGAUGGUGUGCUGAGAAUCAGGAAGGAAAUUUAGGUAUUUCUCAUUUCUGGUCUCUGGCUUGGCAGGGCACUUGUACUAUUAACUUUUUAUCAAGUAAAGGGAAUCGUCCUAUAGUCCCUUGUUGGGGUUUUUCCUGGAUUUCAAGUGAGCUACUGUAAUGAUACAACUUGCCAGCAGAGUCACUGCACCAGUAACUGUGUACGCUAUUCCCAGAAAAGGAUUUCUUCCACCGCUCCAUGUUACUGUUGAGAAGACCACCUGCUUUUCUCCUUUGAACUUUGAAACUGGGAAAUCUGACAGGAUGAUGUUAAAGUUUUAUUAACAGUUUGGAACAUACAUGGGCAUUAAAAGAUGCCGAAGGGUUAGGUAUUGCUAACAGGAUUAGAUCCAUGUUUUUUUUCCUUCUUAGCACCUACAGUGCAAAAGGCAUAUUUAAAAGGAAUAUAUGUAGUUUUUCACAGUUUACUCUCCUUGUUGCAAUACGCAUCUUCUAUUGAUGAGACACUACCACUAUUAUCAGCCUUUUCUAAUGUGGUCUACAGAAGUUUUGAACUGAAACUCCCAUCUGCUCUAGUCGCCAUGGCCAAUGGUCAGGUAUAGUGAGACCUACAGUCUAAAACAGGGACGCAGGUGGCGCUGUGGGUUAAACCACAGAGCCUAGGACUUGCCGAUCAGAAGGUCGGCGGUUUGAAUCCCCACGACGGGGUGAGCUCCCGUUGCUCGGUCCCUGCUCCUGCCAACCUAGCAGUUCGAAAGCACCUCAAAGUGCAAGUAGAUAAAUAGGUACCGCUCCGGCGGGAAGGUAAACAGCGUUUCUGUGUGCUGCUCUGGUUCACCAGAAGCAGCUUAGUCAUGCUGGCCACAUGAUCCGGAAGCUGUAUGCCGGCUCCCUCGGCCACUAAAGCGAGAUGAGCGCCACAACCCCAGAGUUGGUCACAACUGGACCUAAUGAUCAGGGGUCCCUUUACCUUUACAGUCUAAAACAUCUGUAGAGUACCAGGUUGGGGAAGACUGAGCUAGACAGAGAUCUGCAUCAGCCCACUGUAUGUUUCCUCCACCCAAGUGACAAGCAGAAGCUCUCCUCAAAACUCAGCUAUAUUUUGCAAUGAACUGCAUGCAUUAUUAGCCUGCCAGGUAGCGUUCUGGCUAUGUAUUCCUUGAUUACCCUCACCGUCUACAGAAAAUCUGGCAAUUAUAACCCACAUAGCUAAAACGUGUGGAGUUUAAAACAUGACACAAACCCACACAGAAAGGAUACUAUAGGAUAUUUGUAGCCCGUACGUCCCUGCUGGGAGCCCAUUUGCAAACUGCCUGAUGCGAUUGAGGCGACGGUAAAGAUUCUUGAAUGUAGGAAAUGCUGAUACACGCAUCCAGAUGAUAAAGUCUUCAUUUGUGUAGCCAUUGUUCUCUUGGUUUGCUUCAUCUAAUAAAUAUACUGGUUUUUGCCAGUAAGGUGGUCUUGCCGUGCCUGAGAUAGAUGGGGGCGGGGGGAGGGAGAGUGAGAGAGAGAGAGAGAAAAAAUGAAUAGCUAUAGGUGAACCAGCUACCCCUACUUCUAUAUAUUCCUUAUAGUCUAACCUUAGUCUCACUAGUGGGUAAGCAUGCCUCAGCCUUCGCAGAUAUGGUGCUCUCAAGAUGUUUUGGACAAUUGUUCUCUUCAUUCCUGACCACUGGCCAUGCUGGCUGUGGCAGACGGGACCUAGAGUCCAACAACACCUGGAACAUCCAAGGUUCAGGAAGUCUGACCUAAGUAGUCUAAACAAAGGGUCUUACUCCCUAGUGAGUAUUGAGUUAUAUGCAGCCAUCACAGACACACUUAUGAAGGAGUAUGUUCCACUGUUCAGUGGGGCAUGCAGGAUUGCCUUGUAAGUCAAGCAACGUACCAGGAAUGUAGCUUCAAUAAAGUUGCUUUUCCAGUAUGCAUAUAAGGUGGAGCAGAUUUGCAUCCAUUGGCCCUGCUCCUGACCUCAGUUGAAGCGGGAAAUUUAAGCGUGGUUAACAUCAAUAUUGAGGCAUCUUUUUAACCAUGUUUAAAGCGAAGGUGCACUGCAAAUGGGCACACGUUCUGGGAAGGAAAGGGCACAUCAUUUUGUGGUGGUGUCCCAGGUGCUCGGCCCUGGUGGAAAAAAUCUGAUGCAUUGGCCUUGAGAAAAGGUAGACGUGUUGGGUUACAUUACAUCAGGGAUGGGGAAACCUUCCAAGGGCCACUUUCCCUCCGGGGCAACCUUCCAGGGGCCACAUGCCAGUAGUGGGUGAGGCCACAGGCAAACAGGCAGAGCAACAAGUGAAUGAUUCACAUUUCUACAGCAGGUUAGUUUCUUCUGUCCUCCAUCCAGACAAGCAAGAGGCAUUUAAAAGGUAAAGGUACCCCUGCCUGUACGGGCCAGUCGUGUCCGACUCUAGGGUUAUGCACUCAUCUCACUCUAGAGGCCCGGAGCCAGCGCUGUCCGCAGACACUUCUGGGUCACGUGGCCAGCGUGACGAAGCUGCUCUGGCGAACUGGCACCAGAGCAGCACACGGAAACGCCGUUUAUCUUCCCGCUAUAAAGCGGUACCUAUUUAUCUACUUGCACUUAAGGGUGCUUUUGAACUGCUAGGUGGGCAGGAGCUGGGACCGAACGACGGGAGCUCACCCCGCUGCGGGGAUUCGAACCACCGACCAUGCUAUCGGCAAGUCCUAGGCGCUGAGGUUUUACCCACAGCGCCACCCACGUCCCCUAAGAGGCAUUUACUUGUUUGUUUAAUUUAAUAAAAAUUAUAUAACCCUUGAUUGUGGGGGGGAAACCUCAAAGCAAUGGAUGAAACUUCAAAAGCAUGAUCAAAGUUCAUAGGCACAUUCCAGCCAGGUAAAAACACUUAGGUCUGAAGCAGAGCUAGUGAAAAAUGUAGUCAGGAAAGAUUUCCAAGGGCCACAUAAGAGGCCUGCGGGGACAGUUUUAGAAAGCCCAUUAGCUGCAUUUCAAAAACUGAAGAACCACCUUUCAGCUAAUGGGAUCAUUCUUACCAUCAAAUGCAGAAGACAAGUUGUGCGCAGAUGGAUUGUGAAAUUUCACAUUUUUAUCUGUCCACCAGGCAUUCCCUUGCUUCAGAAGUGGGACUUUGACAGCCUUUACAGAAGCAGGAUAGUAGAACAGCUGUAUUGUAUCUGUAUGGAAAUUAGAAACAGUGAUUUAAUGCUAAGUCAGUACUGAAUGCCUUUAAUUCGACUAUUUUAGCUGAUCUAAGAGAAUAUGGUCACAUCCACACCAUACAUUUAAAGCACGACAUUAAAAAACCUCCAAUGGGGACUGUGUGAUGACAUCCUUACAUUUCUAUCAUAUAGAGAGAAAUCUGCAGUUCAAAUAGAUAAUGAAGAUUGCGUAUUCAGGUAAAUAUUAUCAGAUGCACGUAGCACUCACCAUUGAACAUGCUGUUUGCAAUUGCACCACAUGGAGCUAUAGGUGUCCCAUUUUCAUAAGUUGCAAAAGGUGCACAAUUGCUGUUCUGAAUCUGUAUUCAAAACCAUAAUGCAAUUAGGAGCACAUUUCUCUGAAAAAUCAAGCCAUAAUGUUAAACAAUGCAGCUAUUCAUAAACGGCAGGAAAUGUGUUCUGAAAAAGACACGUCUUUUAUCUGGUGAUGAAAAAUCAAUGGGGAAAGACUGUCACACUAUGCCAGGGAGUGUAUUUCCUAGUGUGGCUGCUACCAGUUGGCAAAGGACUCUCCCUCUCGAAUGUUUACAUUGCCCACCUCACUCAGCAUAACAUAACAAAGUCCAGACAAUGAAUGACAAGCACAACAUUCCUGAACCAGCUAGACUUCUUUCUGGUCAAUAAUAUAUUAAGAAUUACUACCUUUAAAAUGGCAUCAUGUGAUUAAAAAAACCAAACAUCAGAAGUACUAAAAGAAUUUCAAACCACCUUACGUUUGCCUUCCGACCCAAUAGUUGUGCAUCACUUCUGGAAAGGACAUAGCGACGAUGGUUCUGAUAAAAAUUAUGCAAUCCGUAGUACAUGAAGACAUCACCCUGCAAUUUUUUUUUAAAGGGAUAACAUGUAGGAAUUAAAAAAUGAGUUUCAAAGCUAAAUCUGGCAAACUAUUGACAAUAGCCAAUAUGAAGGGGGACAGUAAUUUGAAUGUCCAAGAUCUAAGUGCCAUCAAAAGCCCUAGAGACCUUUGAUGGGCAAGAAUUGGUGUGACUCCAAACCACUAAGCCCAAGAGACAAGCCUAAAUUGUUACUUUAUUGGUUUGUGGAGUAAGGCUAGCAAUAAAUGAAAAUGAUCUCUUCCGAUUACUCCACAAGGUCUUCCUCUAAUGUUCAUUGCUUGAUGCGCUCGUGAAAUCAGUCAAAACAGCAUAGACAGGCUGCUCUGAUUGCCUGACAUUUUUUCCACAGAGGCAGUUCACAUCCUCAGCUGCUGAAUUCAGCAUUGAUUGAAUAAACUGAAGGAUAAGCUCCUGAGAGAUGGGCAGGGAUAUGGGAAUCAAUCCCUAAGGUAGGGUGCCAGAUGCAAAAGAAGACGGGGCUCCUGCACCUGUAUCAGAAAAGGAAAAUUUGACAGGUGUGGCCUGCAUGACAAAUGUCCUCUUUUUGUAUCUGGUCACGCUACGCUAAUGGUUGUAGCCCUAGUCAUUGAAUGACAAGAGCUAACACACUAAAAUUGCUUAAAAUUGGAUAGAUGCUAAAAGUACCAUAGGGUGCAACCAGGCCAAUAAUUGAAGCACUGAGGUUCCAUUGAUUUUACAGUGAGAAUUAUGCAUGUGCUUAACACACUCUCAUUGAAAUUACUGUAUAAAAGUGUUUAACUCAGCUAAACGCUCAAAAAUGUUUUAAACAUUUCAAAACGUUUACUUCAAAAUCAUUCUGGUUUCCUUAGGAUCAAUGUAUUUUUCUUUAUUCAAUAGCCUUAAAAUAUUUGAGGUUUGGUAGGUAACAUUUUCCUUUCCUCCUGUAGUUAAUUUUAAUUCUGCUCUUGUGUUGCUUAUUAAAAAAAACCCAACCUAUUAUUCCCUUUUCCACAAUCACUUACCUGCAUGCUUUCCUGAAGUGUGAAGUUGGUGAAACAUAGGCAUUCCUUCUCCCAGUUUGAUGAGUUUUCACGCAGCUUUGAACAAUGUGAGCAUAUAUCGGAAUAAUUAAUCUGCCAAGAAACGAAAGAAACAGGCCAAGUUAUUGUUUUUAAUUACAUCUAUUCUACAAGAGAAGCUUGCCACUUAUUGUGGUUAAUAGUACUUCUGACUCGUUCUUCACCAGAACAUCUCAGAGUAGUUUACAGCAUUUAAAAACACAACAGUUAACAAACAAACAAACAAACAAACAAACAAACAAACACAACCCUUAAAGGAGUAAAAAACACCCCUGUGGAGAACAGGCCUGGAAGCUUGUCUAACGGCACCCCAGUAUUGUAUUUGAAAUAUUUAUAACUCACCUUUCCACCAAUGGUCUCAAAGGCAGCUGGCCUACAGAUACAAUUUAAACAAGACCAUUGCCAGGUCCAUCUGUAGUCUCUUCAGCAUCUUCAGAAUGCUUAACUGUUAAAUAGUCUGGAGGGUCUACCCUUCCCAACUUCUCUAGACAAUGGUAGACCUGUUGGUCCAAAAGCCAGUUCAGAUAUUCUAUCCAUUCAUUUACUGAAGCUGCUCACACCAGUGUAAUGCUUUUAAGUCUGGCCUCAGAUCACUACCUCACUCCCUCGAUGUUACAAUGCUCACCAGUAUAGACUACUUACAUUAUUGAUUCCUUUGCGAAAGAAAUAAAGAACAUAAUAGCUAAAGUGGGUAUUGAAGUCAGGUCUCUGGGAGCCAAGGUCAGUACUUUCACUUUUGGGAUUGCACCAAAAUGUUUAUUUUAUGGCUUUAGGAUUAAUGAGGACAUCAUAUACAAAUGUUAUGAAAAUGAAACAAAACAAAAUAAAUACAUUGUAAAUUUCUAUUUUACAGUCUACCAAUAUUGUAAUGCAUGCUUUCCAGCACACAAUGAAAACAAACCUUUAUUUCUUUGACUCUUGUCGCAGCCAAUAGAAGUACAAUUCCCAUCACAAGGCAGAAGAGGCUAAUGAUAAAGAAACUGGGGAGGACGAGCUCUGGGGUGAGCUGGGGCUUCCAGGCUGGGAGCCUCUGUUGUUUAUAUGCAGUAUUAUCAGGGCAUCUCGAUGGACGGUUUGGUGAAACGCUGCUCUUUUCAUUCAUGUUGAUGCCGGACAAGUCUUUGGCUGGCCUUUGUGUCGUACCGUAAGGUAUUUUUCAUCUGUUGCUAUCUACUUAGCAUUUUUAAGAACCUUGGUAACUUCCUGGAAUUACUUAUUAACUUGAUCCAUUUGAUUGGGAAUAACACCCUCCUUGUACUUUAUUGUCAUAAUCACCUUUAGCCAGCCUGUGCCAUCCUCCUGCUGUGUACUUUAACCUGACACAUCUGCUAGGUUCCUGCACCUGCCACUGCUUCCUGCACAAGGCUGCCACCCUUUUAGCUGUUACUGUUGUUCCACACAGCUUAGGACACAAUUUAGUAGGAUCAUCUGCAUUGGUCUAUUUGGAAAUCCUGCACGCGGGGUGGUACAUUACUCCUCAGAUUUUCUGUCUGUCAAAUUUAUUAGCUGACUUGAUUGUGUUUUUGUGACGACCAAUGAUUUUCAGCAUAUAAAUUUUACCGACUGACACAACUUAAGGCUUCCCUUCCUCCCCGCCUUCACAGAUUCCAAAGCUGCAUUGAAACUGAGGUAAAAGGGCAGAUUUUGCUAAUAACAAGUAGGGUGAGAAUGGAGUGAUAGACAAUGGUUACACCAGUUCUGCAUUUUUUUCUGGGGUCAAUUAAGCAUCCUACUCACAAGUAGCAUCCAUUUUGCUUCAAGUUUCCUGGUCUACAUAUCUGCCACAAGAACGAGAGUUUGCUACCUGAGGCUUUGAAUUCACAGUGGCAGAUUCCAGGUUACAACGAUCUAUGGUAAUGAUAUUAGUAACACAGGGGAGUUCCCCUAAAGAAAAACAAGAGGGGUAGUUAUCCCUAUACAUUGACAAUUAUGAUCACUGGCACUGAUCUUUAAGGAUAUUUUGGAAAUACUUUAGCCAUGGUUAUGCCACAGUAAGAUGAUCUAUUGGUGGUUACUUCCUUCCAGAAAACUGAACUGUAUUGAUAAGCAGAGCUGCAGAUGAAAAGCUCAGGAGACAUUACAAUCAUUAUUAACAGUUAUAAUUUAUAUAUUUCCUCAGGUGUUUUGUACACAUGUAUCAUGUUAAUCAUUGCAACUGCUCUUUAAAGUAAGCUGGCACUAUUAUUUCUAAACUGCAGCCUAUUAAGCUGAGAUAUGUACACCCAAACUGACCUGGAGGCUCAUUCAAGGAUUCCUAGUGAUCUUGUUGCUGAAAUGAGUUUACCCGUGACACAGUCUCUUACCCACUAGCUUAUACUUUUGAGUAAAUCUUUUGAGUUAAUAGUUACUUUAUGUGCUGGUGGAAAAAUCUGUGUUGACUUUCGAUUUCAUAUCAUUAUACGUGAACAUUUCAGGAGAGGACUCCAUACAAAAGCUGGCUUUAUUGCAAAAGAAUUAAGGGUGACAAAAGGGUUUCUACUAUAUGCAUUUCAGAAUUAAAAAGCAGCCUCAACUUGGGCAGACUGAAGGAUGAGUUGAAUUCAAGGGCAAACAUUAUAUCUAAAAGAGUCCCACUUUCACAGAGCCCUCUCUGCACAGUUUGAUCAGUCCCAUUUCCAGAAGUUCAAUGCUUUCUUUCCUUAUCUGAAGAAAAAAUAAAAAAAUUAGAGGAUUAAGGUUACCAAGGCCAGCACUUCCAUGAGCCGAGGUGAAGAACUUUGCCUCAGGAGGCAAAUCUGCCCAUUGCUCCCCACCCCAGCAGUUGUCAGCCCCACUGCAGCUUCACCUGUGCCACCACUGCAGCACCACCACUGUGCUCACCACAAAAGCCACGCCCCCACUGCUGCCACUGCAUCAUGGUGGCAGUGCAAGUGCAGCUGCAGAUUUAGGGUACAGUUGCAGUGGCUGGGCCAGUGGCAAUCUGGGCACAAUGGCGUAGUCAGGGAGAGGCCCAAGAUCUGUGGGGGAGCAGCAGGGCAUUUUGCCUACAGUGGCAAAAUGUUCUGGGCCACCCUUGAAGGUUACUGCAAGACCCCCAUGCAAACAUUUAUUGUGCUGUCUCUCUCACGAACUCACACACUCCAGCCAGCUGAUACCUUAUCCUUCUCUUAUUUUUAAUAGUGGCACAACACUCCCCUCAUUAAACAUGUACUUAUGAAACACCAUUGGUUAAGAAACAUGCCUGCAAACUUGCAGCUUGUCACUUGCCCAUGGCAAUUAACAGUUCCUUCUGCAUUAGGAGUUUAUCAGAUCCACCGCUCAAGUCAGCCUGGGCAACACUGUCUGCAUGUGGGAGGCUAAGUAGCCUAGUAAAAAUUAAAAAAAUAUUGAGCUUGUCUGCAGGGAAGUUUUAACCUAUACCUGUUUGAAAGGUCAUCGGGGUAACUGACAGUAAACGAUGUUUCAAUUACAAGCAUUUUGGCUGGAAAGCAAAAUCAAUAAAACUCAGUUUUAUGUAUGCAUAUUAGUCAUUUUGCCAGCUGCAUCAGCUGCUACUAUAAUAAUUUCACAUUGAAAAAUGCCACAAGGGGGCACCUUCUUCCUUCAGUUAUGGAAAUUCAUUGCAAUCUCUAGUAGCUGACUUUUCUGAACAUUGAGAAAACCAAUGGGCUUACUAUAUUGUGACAUUUUCAACAGCUUGGUAAAACAAGGCUUAAGAGUGGAAAGGUCAAACGCAACACAUUUAGUGCAAAAGAGGCCCUGGCCACAUUCACACAUAACAAUUAUCCUUAGGUUAAUCAACCAUACUGUGCACAAAGUAUGGCACAAUGUGCACUGUGCACAAUGCUUGCUAGUGCAUUGAUCCUGAUUGUUUCUGCUUCAUUCUUCACUUCACAUGUGUGAAGUGUAAAACCAGGAAGGGAAAAGCUGAGUGCUACUUCUAAAUCCAAGAUUUUGGCUUUUUAAAUAAUAAUAAUAACAAUAAUUGAACAGGAAUUAUAAGUGAACAACAUUUAAAGAGGGAUAGCAAUCCUGGCUUAUUAGGGUCAAAUACACCACAUCCCCAGAUAUUCAGACAUAACACAAAGCUUGCCCUUUCCUGGUUUGUUAACCAGCUUGUGAAAAGUGUGAUAGAAUGGAUUUGCUGCACCAGAGGGCAUCUCAUGCAUCCUAUGGUUCUUGGUCUAUCAUUACUGCAAAUGCUGCUUCCAUGUAUUAAAGGGCAUUUUCUGACCGAGGAUGUAGCUAAGUGCCUGCUGGUUUGAUAGCAUAUAAAGAACAGUGUUUGCCAUAAAUUACAAGGUAUAGCAAUCAGCACAGUUCACUCACAACCCAACCCUAAACAUACCCGAGGGAUUAAUACCAAGUUAAGUAUGCUUUGGACUGUUUUAGUGGGAUAUAAACGUAUUCUAAUCAAGAUAUCUUUUAGUUUUGGUUUCGGUGGCACAGGAGAAAAUAGGUAUAAAUCAUGUGAUGCUUGUAUACAUAGAUUAUAUGCAUCUAUGCAGUUGCAUGUCACAGUUUUGUACAGUAUUUUGUACUUUUCAACUGUACUUUUCUUUUUAAAAUUUCAACUGUAAUAAAGGGGGAAAGUAUGCUUGGGAGUACAGCCUUAAAAGUACAAUUUUCCCCACUAAGCCACCAGAUUUUGAUCAUAAAUUCAGUUUACUGGAUCAGAUGAUUUGCCCUAUUAUGGAAUUGUGUUUUUUCAAAAGAAGGUAAGUGUAAGUGUUAAAUAUCAAAUUGCUUUGUCCUCCUUAGGUAGAGGGCAGGAGUUAACAAAGUACGUAUGUGAAAUCUGCUAGAAGAAUUUUUGUUCUGUUCUCCAGGCUUACCUCUAACGGAUUGUUGUUGUUGUUGUUAGACACUCUAUUUGGAAAUCCUACGGUCUGGAACUUUUUGAAAGCAGCAGGAGGACUUGCUUAUGCUGCUGCUUUCCUACAUAGCUUAUUUGAAAGGAGGUGUCAGAGAAAUAAAUGGAACUUGACUUUAAUGAAAAUGAAUGUAGGCUUGAGGUGUUAAAGAGAAUCACAGCAGGAAAGGUAAGCAUGCCACAGAGCCUGAAGAGAGAGGCAGCCCAAGACAUUACUGAAUAUACUUCCUCUCCUGCUUCAGUUAGACAGAGCCCUUCAGCACCACAGCACCAUGUAAAGACCAGCUGACCCAUGUAGUGACAAGCCCAUGUUCCCCACAUAAUGUGUGCAAUGGCCCAGCAUGUAUCUCUUAAGCCUUGGAUUAGAAAACUAAAAUUAUGGUAUGCGUUUGUGUAAAAAGUCCCCUUUCCCCUUGCAUUUCUAGAAUGCGAAAUAGAAGAAUGUAAGACACCACACAGGCUUUUACUUGUUAAAUAUUAUUGCUUGGUACCUCAGGGAUGUCAAUUAAUCUUCUUAACUUCUGAUCUCUCCAAUUCCAGUCCAAGAUGACAUACUUCAAGGAUGUCAUGCUAAGACCAUCUGAGGAGACAGUAAGAGACAUUUGUUAGUAGCGUGGUAAGUGCAUUAUCAAAAUGAUACUGGGCUUUUAAAAUUCUUUGCUGCCCAAUCAAUCCCCAGGCAGCUAGUCUUUGCCUAUUGAGUCCUGCCCUUCUUGGUUAGCGGACAAUAAAGAAAGAUGCCUGCAAGUUUCUGGCUAUGAAAUCAGUCCUGUGCCUAUUCAAUAGCUAAACACAAAAGCAGAACGGCCACUGGCAUGCUAAUCCCAAGUAUGUGCCAGCAACUAAUUCCCCAAACUUCUACUUCAUAAAAACACAAGAACUGUGCUUUUAUUACGCUGAUGAUUUAUUAUUUAUAAACUACUUUUCUGUUCAAAUUCCCAAAGCUGUGUGUCAUAAGCAGCAUUAUGAAAAUGAUGUAAUGCUGGCUCUUGCUCAACCAUUGUUAAGAGACUGGGUAGAAGUCGCAGGGUUGCACACUCCAGCCCCUCCAUUGUGCAAAUCCCUGCUUUAAACUGCAAAAAAGGUGAGCAUGAGCAUCAAUGGUACCCCCUUCUAUAACACAAACCUUCCUGUACACACAGAGAUCAACUCUGGAGACCCUCCUCUGAAGCUGGGGGAGCAGAUGACAAGUGAAAAGGCCUUUUUGGUGAUGAACCCCAUUUGUGGAAUGGUCUUCCCAGGAAAGCUCAGCCUGAUGCCUUUAUAGCACAGGCAAAGAGCUUCAUCGCAGUCUGACUGUGCUAAGCGCACUGUGUAGGUGUAAGCUAUUCCCUUCCCAGUUUGCUUACCCAUUUGUACGAAGGGAUGAGUGAAGGGGAAGCGACUGGGCUGUGUGCAUCUGUAUGCAGUUUGUGCAUAACCAUUGUUUAUUAAGCACAGAUUCUUGGCUUAUUGCGGCAUGCAAACAAGGCCUGCCACAUAUGUUCAAAUAUACAGACUCAUGAAACCAUUCUUAGGGAUGGGGGAACGCUUUGUUUUCAUUACUGCAACACAGCCUUACCUUGCUCUAAGAGGGCUUUGAUCCUUCCAGGUGUCCCAACACCCACAUGGAUGACCCCUUUCUCCAGCAUCUUCACCUGCUCUUGUAUCUGUUUGAUGGAAACAAAGAAAAAGGUAGCAUUUGCAGGAGGCAGGGGAGAGAACAACUAUAUACAUUUCCAAUUCCUUCUCAAAUAUUUAAAAGACGUCUGAAGAAAUCUCUAGACUAAUGGACGUUCUGCAUUACUCCAUGGAAAAGAAAAGGAAGCUAAGUAGGAAACUUUUCAAGGGGAAAAGGAAAGCCACUAAAGCCUACUAACUAUAAACAGUGUUUGUUUUCUUUUAAUGUGCUAUUCAAUGCUUCCACCUUUUUCCAUAAUGGACGUUUUUCCAUCACCACCUACAAACAACUGAAAAAUCAGUAUGCUUCUGUGGAACUAAGAAAUGGACAUCUGUAUGAAGUUAACAUGCAUAAUGUACUUGACUUUAUAAAGUUAGCACCAGACUGAAUUUGCAGUAACUUGUUUAGGACUAAGCAGGGGAAAUAUACUUACUGGACACAGUUAGCACAUGAAGGCAACUACACUCUGUAUUUAGCCAUUUUGCUAAAGGGAUUGUUACAUCCCUUCUCUGCCAUACCACUUGGUUUCUGUGCUAGGUGGAAGAAGGAAAGGCUUUUCCUCCAGGAGCAGUAUAAAAAAAAGAAGGCUAGCAGAGGGAGCUAGAGUGAUCUUUCCCUCUUCCUCUUCCCUGCAUGGUAGAAGCCUUUCUCUUUUUUACUAGCCCAAGAGGCUAGUAUCCCCUGUUUGCUGAUCUCUUAGCAGACUAGUAAUUGGUGGAAGUAGUUAGAAGAGCUUUGAGAUACCCAAAGGGCAAGUGAACAGAAAAUAGUUAUUAAAAAUAAACUCAUCUCUCUUA